UGACUCUACCUACGUGAAGGAGGAUUCUGCUCCACAUGCAAAACAGUAGUUUUGAUAAAAAUCCAAAGGACGAGAAAAAUACCUUGAAGCUGGCGAACCCUUGGUUUCUAUUUGUUUAUGAAUAAUCUUUUAUGUGAGAUUCUUCUCGUCAAACGAGGUAAGAUUUUAAGUUCACCACAGAGAGUUUUUUGGCUCGAUGUCGAAGGCACUGUGUCCUCUGCAUAAAAGCUGUUUUCCUGUCACUUUUGAAAGAAAUAAGGAAACUUGUGCAAUCAGUUACUUUAAAAGAUCUUAAAUAAGCUAUAAUAGGAAAGGGAAACUUCUCAUAAACCGUAAUUCCAACUUACUGCUUAAUUUUGUUUGUUGACUGCAAAGAUGAUUCAGUGAAAAUGCAAUUAGCUACUUCCUACAUUUCCUUUCCUAUUAUAUGCCGGCGGGAUGAUACAUAUAUUAUGUUGGGUUUCCUUAAUUAUGUUGUCUUUAUACAACAUUUGUUUUGCUAGCGUUUACGAACACCUAGUCGUUAACUGCAGUGUUUUCAGUGCAAAAAGUAAAUAUUGAAUUUUUUAAGGACUUGCCCUGAAAUGAUUUUAACAGUUUACUGUACUCUUCUAAGCGGUUGCCGCCUGUGUGCUUACAAAAUACAGCACUUUGGUGAAGAUCAGGUUGAUCCAGUUGCUAGUGUUUAUCUUAACCCAUACAGGUCUUAAAUAUUGAAUGUGUAUUUUGUAACGAAACCUUGUCAGCACUUUGUAAAAGCCAGCUAAAAUAAAAUGCCACCCUCCAUAUGCAUGCAGAUUACCUCUCAUUAGUUUGAGGUCCUUAUAGUGCCCAUGCAUGUUGUCUGUGGGCCAGAAUUCCUGAAAAAAGGGUUAUGUAAUUUACAGUAUGAAUCAAGAAAGCAAAGCUUAUGAAAUGUAUACAGUUGAAACCCUGUGAGUUAUUUAAAGGCUCUGAUGAGUCGAUGGUGAUGGUAUGGCUUUCAUUUUUUGAAACCAGAAGUAGGCCCCUGACUAUGGAAUUAGACUGGUAUAAAGUCAUACUUUUCUUAUGGAGCAGGUAAACAAGAGUGUAUUACAACAGUUUCUAAGCUAAGAAAUUAUAACCAAAAUACAUUUUGCUAACUUUAUUUCUGUUUCUGUUUCUGUUUAGGCACACUUUGCAUUUCAGCCCAUUCAAAACAUUAUGGAUUGCAAAUAGAAUAAUCACAGAAUGAGAAAUAACUAAGUUGUUUAGUAAAUUGAGUUCUUUUCCUCUUGCAUUAUUACAGAAUCGAGGUGUUCCCUACCAUCAUUGGUCCUUUAGUUUGCACACUGGUUAAUUUUCUAUUUUCUUCUUGUUCUUUCAGGAAAUCCAUUAUUCCUUCUCAAUUGAAACUACAAAGUGGAGCUAUUUUUUUAACCUGGCAAAAAGUAACAUAUUUUCGUAGAUAGCACAUUAAUGUUUGGAAAAGUCAAUGCUUCUAAGGUGACACUUCACAUUGCAUUUUACCAAAAUGACAGUUCUUUCAGUUCGUGGAGGAACAAGUGGGGAGUCGGGACCCCCAGGUCAACCUCCCAACAAUACCACGUCAACACAACAAAGUGGCCAAAUAAAUGAACCUAAUCAACAAGAAGACAACGAUAACUCUACUACACAGGAAGAUGACACCGCAGGCCUUUUGUUACCCAAUGGGGAUGUGGUGUUUCCUAUUACUGAACUCUCUAAACUUGAUGAAAUGAUAAAUAGGCCACGAUGGGUGGUACCUGUUCUUCCAAAGGGUGAACUUGAGGUGCUUUUGGAGGCAUCCAUCAAACUUUGCCGUGCAGGUGAAAGUAAUUUCCAUAGAAUGAGUUAGUUUAUAUUACAGCUUUUCUUUGGCCCCAAUGUAGACAUGUAUGUGGUCAUGUAUGUUUUUAUUUCAAGGAGCAUUGACAAACAAACUAAUCAUCAAACAUUCUAGCCUGCACGUCCAGGGCCUUAGCAACAGCCCUGCAGGUAGAUUUUCAUGCUGGCAAGUAACUUAACCCUUUAAGCCCUAAGAGUGAUCAGCAUCAAAUUUCUCCUUGUAAUAUCAAUGUUUUGUAAAACAGAGUGGUCAUGAAAAUCAUAGACAUGGUCAUGGAUGAAUUUGCUUGAUAUUUUAUAAACUUCUCCCCACUACUUCUGUAGGAAAUGAAUAGAGGCAACAAAUGAGAAUUCAAAUUUUGAUCUUAGGGCUUAAAGGGUUAAAAAGCUUUCUUGCCCAAUGGGCAAUUGUCCAGGCAAGUCAUCCUCUAACAAAAUCAAUAGACAAUGAACGGAUUGAAACACACCAAUGACAUUACAAGUCUUCAUGGCUAAUAACUCACGGCUUAACUGAUAGACGACCAAUAACAUUGUGACUUAAUUGACCAAUCAGGUCAGUAACCAGGGUUUAAUACAACUCACUUUGACUCUGAAGAUGACCGCCACACAGGUUGUCAAUACAUCAGUCAUUGUCAACAACAACAGUCCUAUUCAGAACUAUGUUCACCCAGAUGAUCAUACUCAACUUACUUAUGAAAAUCAUUAACUUUAACAUUAACUUAUUUCCUUUGUCACCUAGCCCUAAUUCAUGAAUUAUUAGAGCUAGGAGACAAAGAAAAUAGAAAAUCAACCCAGGGUAAAGAAUUUUAACCUGAAUUUAAUUUUAACCUGUAGCAUAUACAUUGUACUCAGGUACUGAAACUGAAACAUUUCUGUGUUCUGCACAGUAUGGCCUUGAGACUAAACAUGUGCACAAAUUGUCAAUACAGCACUUUUGAACUUCCAGGGCUGUCAUACAGUUUGCUUGUAAGAAAAUAGCACAUUUAAUUGAUGCCCACUCUCAAAUAAACACCUUGUGUCUAAUAAAUGGCUCCCCUUUGAUGUUAAGUUUGUACUGCCCCCAUAACAAUUACUCAAAAAUACUAGGAAAAAGUUAAAAGAAGCGAAAUCUUUCACUUUAUUCAGUUUCUUGCUUGAUUAACAAGGAUUUGCCCAUUGCAUCUUGUUCAAAGUCACAUGUAAAGUAAGAAUAGGCUAACGAUGACAACACAAUGACCCUGAACAAGGAUUCUGACAUUGCAGUUGACAUUUGACUGAGAGUGAUGUGGAGGUCUUGAAGGCCUAGACGUACAUGUAUCAAUGAUGAACUGGAUAUUUUGCUAUUAACAUAAACUCUUUUGGUGUUUUUGCUGAAAGCAUAUUAGUUUUGUUGAGCUUGUCACAGUUGUGAGAAUAAAUGCCUCUGAUUUUUAAAUGCCCCCUACCUAUUCCUCCCCGCCUCCUUGGACCCCUAAAAUUAAACAAAUGCAUCUGGCAUCUAUUAGAUCAUUAUACAGUAAUUAGCUGGCAACCUCAAAUAACCAUAUAUGUGUUUCUGUUGGCAUUAAGGUUGAAGAGGUUAACUAUCAUUUUAAUGGUUGACAAUUCUGUUUCAACAGAGUUAGACACCAAGAGUGAAGAGUGCCAGAGGUUCUUCAGAGAUGGAUUGACAACGUCUUUUCAUAAAAUUCUUAAUGAUGAGGCAGUGAAUGGAUGGAAAUAUGAAAUCCAUGUAAGUUGAAGUUGUUGGAUGUGCUGUAUUAAUAGUUAGUAAAACAGCAUACUACAGUUGAACCUCUGCAAACACUUACCUCCUACCCCCCAGAUCUUGAGAGUUAAUGUUUUAUUUUCCUCAUUUGCGAAGAGUUUGCCUCAAAUCACUGUAAGACUUUUCCAUACCAGAAUCAUUCCAUAUCUCAUUUAUCACAUGUUGAGCAGUUUGAUAUCUCUCCAUUUUUAAAAUUGAUCCGAAAUUUUACUUUGCUCUUCACACCACAUGCUACUUGAAAGCAAUAUGGCGGACGGAACUGUUUAACUAGUAGUUACGUGUCUACUAACUUGUUUUAGGCUUGAGAUGCCAGGUUGUAUUACAUCUUUAGUGCUGGGGAUUGAUGAUUACUCUCUGAUUUUUGACGUACUGAGUAUGUCAUGCAGGCAUACGAGUUGCAAAUUAUAUGAUGUACACAGUACCUCACACAGGCAGUGAAGGGUUUAACAUACAAAGUCAGAAAAAGCUUCUGUGAUGGUGUCAGUGUCCUGUUGUGGAGGGGUGACUGUAUGUGAUCUUCUUCCUACAAGAAGCUCUUUUGGGAAAAGGUGUUAAUCAUUGAUCUCUUUUGCUUCUCAACAGAAAGCCAUUCUCAAAAACACAGAGAAGCUUGUAGAGUUGUGUGUAACAAAACUUUCACAGGAUUGGUUUCCUUUGCUUGACCUUCUUUCUUUGGUGUUUAAUCCUAUGUCCAGGUAGAAAUUCUGCUUGUCUAACAAUUACGUUGUUGGAAUAUUUUUUAUCUAUAACAUCACAUUAAUUCUUCAAGCCCUUAGAGUGAUCGUCAUCAAAUUUUUCCUUGUAAUAUGAAUGCUUUCCAAAACACAUUGGUGUUGAGAAUUAAGGACACAAUGAAACAAGAUGAAUCUAAUUGAUACCUCAACAAAUUCUCCCCACUACAUCUUAGGAAACAUAUAAGGACAAUAAAUGAGAAUCUGAAUUUUAAUAUUACUGUUUAGAGAGUUAAGAAUGAUGCCAAUUGACCAUGAUUAUUGGGUCCUUGAUCAAUCCCACUUUUGGAUUAUCUGGACUUUUUUCUCUAGUCCCAGUUUUUUCAUGAGUGUCUGAAUAAAUAAUCAUCAAAUCUAAGGAUAAUGAUUUUAUUUCUAUUUAAGCAUAGAAAGGUGCAUUUCAGAUAGAUUUGUUAUUCUUUUGAAGAACAAAUUCAGUUCUUGCAUAAGAAAGAGUAUUAAUCCAGACAUACUUGAAUUGAAUGAUGAAUGAUACUUGAAUUAAGAAGAGAUGAAGAAGGGAGGGGAGGGUGACCAACUCAUAAUUUUGUGAUCAAUUGUUCUUUUCAGGUUUAAUAUCUAUAAUGGUGCAAGACCUUCAGAGACAGUUCCUGCAGGGACACAGGUGAUUCUUAACUGAAAAUUUUCUGCUUUAGUUCAGUAUGUUAUAGGAAGUAUGCGUGAUAACUGUAAAAAUAACUUCCAUUUUACAUUGUGUAUUAACAAGUUGAGUUUCUUUGCCUCCUAGGUGGCUGAGAGUUCAGUUUAUGCAAAACCUCCAGAUGCUAGAUCACCAAAAGUAAGCUUUAAUAAAUUUUGUUUACCCUUGCACCCUCCAAGGUGAAGGAACUCAACAUCUAUGGAAAAUUCUAAAUACAGUUAAACCUUCUGUAAGCAACCACCCAAAAUGCAAAGAUUUAGUGGUCGUUUAUGUGAGGUGACUGCUGACGAGAAUGGACGGACAAGUGGUCUCUUCCAAGAACGGGUCCUGACACAUUUACUUUUUGGAAUACGAUUAUUUUAGUACAUGCAAUUUCUAAGUUAUUAUAUGAGUAGUUCAAAAUAUGUUGUCACUGAAUGUUCUUUUUAUACUCUGAGUGGCAUAGUACGAACAUACACCAUGGGAUUAAUGGUUGCUUACAAGAGGUUAAAAGCAGUGAAAACCAUUUGCCCAAACAGUGGCCCUAGUCAUGUUUGCGAAGUGGUUAAUUACCAGAGGUUCUGUUGUACAACUUUGACUGGGGAAAUUUUUGAUGUUUUGGAUAAGUGGUUGCUUGUAGGUGGUGGUUGCAUAUUGAGGUUCAACUGUAUGUAACAAACCAAAAAGACAUUGUUGAUGCAAACGUACUGCUGGAAAGGUUUAAUUUAGGGUGAUGAAAUAGAGUAUUGUCCAGUAAACACAAAAGAUAGAUGUGUGUUACAUCUACAUGUCCCAUAAUAAAUAGCUGACUCUUGGAUGGUAGGUGUUCACUACAUUUUCCUUCCCCGCAAAUUUGUGCUUUCUUUCAGAGGGUUUGGCCAAUAAUUUUAAGGUACAUUUUCACUUUCUUGGAAGUGAAACUUUGACCCUGUGUGUAUGUGUAUUUUAUUGACAAGCUGUGUCCUGAAAACAAAAAAAAUGAUAAUGAUAUGCAAUAAAACAUUGUGUUGGAAAUAACUGCACAGUUGUAAUUUGCCAUUUUUUUGGCUCAUGAUUAGCUGUAUGCAAUUCAAUGAGUGGAUGCUGAUUGUCUUUUUAAAACAAAGGUGAAUUAGUGUGCUUGACAUGCGCGCGGAAGAAAGGCUUGAAAAAGCUCUAAGAAUGUUUGCUUACAAGUUAGCAUGAGGCUGAGAUGUAUGUAAUAUUGGAAUUCUGUGCUGAAAUGACAUUACAGUCAUACCCUGCGCUAUGGUCACCCGCUUGAUAUGGUCACCUCAUUAUUAUAGACAUUAUUAUAGACUGGAGUUUCGGUUAGAAAUCAAAAUGGAACAGACCAUUAAUUUUUGGUUUGGUUUGACCGGCAUAUUUGGGACCACCUUCGAAGUUGGUCCACUUUUACCGGUCCAGUUAUCUUGGUCGGUCAGACUGAAAUGUCCCUUAUCAUUUGACAUAAUUGUUGUCUCCAGUAGCACUCUUUUGCAUCCUGCUUACGAGAACAAUAACUAAAUGUGCCUUGGCUUGGGUUGGGUUUGUUCAGCUGGAAUGUAUUGUUCCAUUGAGCAAGUAGAAUUUGUGAAAUUUCAAUCUGGAAUUUUUAUUGAAUGGCAAGCGCCCACUAUUUGUUUUGUCCCUUAGUAAAGAAAGCCCUCACAUUUUCUCUAAAUUCAACCCACUUACAGACAGCCCAUUAAAACAGACUCUUUCUAUGGCCCCUCAGUGUCCUUAUUAAUGGUGUUUGACUAUAGUAGUGGCACUGAUUUGCAAGUAGCAGAGCUUAAAGUAUACUUUGAGUUACAUGUAUGAGUGUUUCUGAAUUUUUACAGGGUUGGCUGGUGGAUCUAGUGAACAGGUUUGGUAAUCUUGGAGGCUUCAGUAUUUUACAGGAGCGGAUAUGUAGUGGAGAAAGUCUCAGUGUUCCACUCUUAGCAGCUCUUCUAAGGUUAGUAACAUAACAAAGUUAACAUAACAUAAACUUUAUUUAUACUUGAAUUUUAGAGUAGCUAACAAGUUAAUAAUUAUCUUUGAGCUGAUGCUAAAUAAAAAAAAAAUACAUUAAAUACAUUAUGAAUAACAAUAAUAAUAAAAUCAUAAUAACAAUAAUAUGGGUAAUAAUAAUAAUAAUAAUAAUAAUAAUAAUAAUAACAAUCAUAAUAGUAAAUAAACACAUAAAAGAAAAUAUUAUUUACGAUUUUGAGGACAAGUAUGUACAAGCAAAAAGAAUAUACAGUCAUAAAGGUAACACCCUGUAUUUUAGUCUUCAAGUCUACAAAAAAAAACUCAUAUGAAAAAUUCAGUCAGUGCAUUCCACUGCUUAGCUGAAAGGUAACAAAAGGAGUUAAGACCAUAGGUAGUUGUUUUAGGUUUACUAAGUGAAAGAAUGUAGUUGCCAUGAAGAUCAUAGAAGGUGGACUGGAGUGAAAACAAAUUCUUCAUAUGAGCAGGAAAAUGGAUGAAAACCAAACUUGUAUAUAACAAUGUGAUGAAAUUCUGAACGUGCUUUUUACACGAGGGAGUAGAGUUGAAUUUUGAAAGAAGAGUGGUGUAUGAAGUGGUGUGUAGUUACAUUUCAGUCACACUCUGUGGUACAUGUAUGUUUAACUCUCUGUUGAAGACUAACGUUGUAAUGGGAUUAAUACAAACAUUUAGGUACCAAGUUUCCUUGGUCCAUUUCAAAAUAGCCAGGGCCAAGUGUAGGUGUCUGUCCAGUAGAAGUGUCUGUUUAGGGAAAGUUGGCUGCAAUAAGUAAAGGUGUCAGUGACUGAUGUUUUGACAACCUGUUGUAGUCAUUUUGAGAGUCUAAGUCACUGCAGACAGGUUAUUGACCUAAUUGACAGACAACCAAUAAAAAUUAAUGUUGACUUGAGUGUCCAAUGAGGUGAAUAACCGGAGUUUAAUUAAUACCCAUAUAAACUUGAACCACAAUAUGCCUUUACUUGUUCAUGUUUUUCUGGAUAACUGCGUCAUCCCAUUGACAAUUAUUGCUAUUAGCUUUUUUGGAUGUUUUGAGGUUUUGUUUGUUUUGUUUGUGAUGUGAUUUACGUUUGAAUAAUAAACAUGAUUUGUAUUUCAGACCUUUUGGAUCAUGUGCUGAAGUUCUUACACCUGGAACUGUUGAAAAAUACUUUUUACCCGUAAUAGUAAGUUGCUUUUGUUUCAGUUUCAUUAUAUUUUAUUUCUCAGAAAUUGUACAUGAUACAAAAAAUGAUGGGUUACAGAAACACAGACAGACAAGGAACUCUGCAUUGAUUGGAAAAGUUUGUUGUAUGGAAAAGGAAUCAAAUUUAAAUUUAUGAAAAUGGAUUUAAAAUAAAAUUUACAUUGUAGGUGGGAGAUUUUCCAGCAAGUGUACUUUUGUCAAACUUGUACUGAAACAUUCUUUCUUACUUGUUUUUCAGGAUUUUGUACCUAAAUUUCUUGAAAGUUUAACUGAUGAUGAACUUAAAAAAGAGGCUAAAAAUGAGGUUAAGAACGAUGCCCUUUCAUCAAUAAUCAAGGUACAAAGUUUUAAAUUUUAUUGUAAUUGUCACUUUUUUUCACAAGUCAUGCUUUGUGUAAUAUUGCUAUUACAAAAUCAAUGAUUUGCUUGUGUCUAAGAGGACUAAAGCAAAGCAGGAUGUUUUAGCCAGGAUAUUGUCAUUGGUUGUCAGCAAGGGGUCCCUGCACGCAAGGAAUUAAAUUAUAGAGGGCAAAUGAUUUCCAAAUUUGCUUUUAAACUCAUCGCUAAUGAUGAGCUUGGGAACUGGUGCCUUAAAGGUUAGUGGGGGGCCAAAUGCAAUAAGCAGAGAGGAGGUAUCCAUGGCAACCCUGGAAGCGGGAACCACCCCAGGAGCAGCCACUAACCGGCACCGUCACACUGAAUAAAUUCAGUGGAGAUACUUACCUGAGAAAAUACUUACCAAACCACCAGGCAGGGAGGGAGGAGAGGGAGCAAGAAUCCGCAAUGAUUCGCAAGAAGGCAAACAUUGAUCCGUGACUAUCAGCAAGAAUCCGCACUGAUUUGCAAGAAGGCUAAGAAAUGAUCCGCUACAAUCAGCAAGCAAAGCUACAAUGCAAAGCAACACUAGCAAAAGGGCACACAAGGAGCCCUGCAAUUCCCCGCGGGCCGCCCCGUAGGUCACAUACUGAAGUGGGAGAAGACUGCUGGCCAACUCGCUCGAGUUUAACUUUGCCUAAAUGAUAUUUAGCCACAUUUAAACUCAUCGCUAAUGAUGAGCUUGGGAACUGGUGCCUUAAAGGUUAGUGGGGGGCCAAAUGCAAUAAGCAGAGAGGAGGUAUCCAUGGCAACCCUGGAAGCGGGAACCACCCCAGGAGCAGCCACUAACCGGCACCGUCACACUGAAUAAAUUCAGUGGAGAUACUUACCUAAGAGAAUACUUACCUGAGAAAAUACUUACCAAACCACCAGGCAGGGAGGGAGGAGAGGGAGCAAGAAUCCGCAAUGAUUCGCAAGAAGGCAAACAUUGAUCCGCGACUAUCAGCAAGAAUCCGCACUGAUUUGCAAGAAGGCUAAGAAAUGAUCCGCUACAAUCAGCAAGCAAAGCUACAAUGCAAAGCAACACUAGCAAAAGGGCACACAAGGAGCCCUGCAAUUCCCCGCGGGCCGCCCCGUAGGUCACAUACUGAAGUGGGAGAAGACUGCUGGCCAACUCGCUCGAGUUUAACUUUGCCUAAAUGAUAUUUAGCCACAUUUAAACUCAUCGCUAAUGAUGAGCUUGGGAACUGGUGCCUUAAAGGUUAGUGGGGGGCCAAAUGCAAUAAGCAGAGAGGAGGUAUCCAUGGCAACCCUGGAAGCGGGAACCACCCAAAGAAACCCGUCUCCAGGUGCUUGGAGAACGGAGGGACCCGUCAACAGGGUGACUUGGUACCUCCGAUCACCCAAACAAAUCCCCAAGCACCAAACAACUCCCACAGCUGCGCAAAUUACGAAGGCACUAACCUACAAUUUUGUAGCUGAUCCGCAAGCUGAAAUAGGCAAAAAAUCCUGAACCAGGACAGAUGGCUGCCAAGCAAGCUACCCCGGGAAGCAAUGAGGAUUGUGCAGUGACGGGAUUCUGCAUGGAACUGUGGAACGCGCUGAAGCUAGUUUUUGUGACAAUGCAGCUAGCGAGUCAGCUAGUGAUGUCAUUGUAAGCAGGCUGCGCCGCUGCAAUUUUGCUUCUGUAAUAAAUCUUUGUUUCUUUUGGUUGGGUAUCCAAGGUUGCCUAGCAACAAUGUGGCGACUACGCUCCACAAAUCUAGCUGAUCCGCCAGCUGAAAUAGGCAAAAGGUCCUGAACCAGGACAGAUGGCUGCCAAGAAAGCUACCCCGGGAAGCAGUGAGGACUGUGCCGUGAAGGGAUUCUGCAUGGAACUGUGGAACAUGAAGCUAGUUUUUGCGAGAGUGCAGCUAACGAGUCAGCCAGUGUCCUAAUACAAGGCUGAUAAGCGUUGUUGGGCCAAUGGCCCAUUGAUUCAGAAUCCCACUGCGAGCAGCGACAGAGGCAGCUCCAAUAGGAAAGCUAGGGGAGAAGGAAUUGCCCGGUAUCUGAGCUGAAGUUAUGAUCUGCCUAAGCCAAUCUGUAAGAAUAGUGCGAGUGAGAGGCUGCCAUUCGCAAACAAAAACAAGGGGCCAGACGAAUACCCCCUAGAAGCAGGGAAUAUCAUCAUAGCGUGCACUGCAUAGAGAGGAUGCUUGUCAAGGCCAAUGUGAAUGAAAAGAGCCUUUCCGGGACGGGUCUGUCUUGGAGCCCUUGAUUCGUAUGUGCAAGGACGAUGCGGCCGAUGAAGAAUCCACUGCAAAGUCCGGGACACUCAAGUGGAGGGAUGACGAGUAGCUAGAUAGGUUAGGUACCAUGAACUCAGACGCACGCAGGAAGCCUAAGUACCCCAGAAACGAGCUGCCCAGAACAUCUGAUGAUCUGGAGGGCCGAGAUCCAAAGACUGCGAGGUAACUAGCAUCAAUUAAUCUCAUCCCUUAUAAGCAGCUGCAUGGACGAAGGAGUACCCUGACAGCACUUGAUGCCAUGAAUGUCCCUUUGCAGGCGGAGACAAUUUGCAAGCAGAUGCGAGCACCCCUGAUCCAUGUGGGGAGCUCUAAAGCCUGAUACAUUAACCUUAAUCAACAAAUGCUGGAGAGUCCUGACCAGAAACACAACAAUUAGACAAGGCAUCCAUUCGUCCAUUAAGCAUGGAGACCUUGAUGGGUGCAAGUUGCCAAGCUGUCAGCAGAAGGAAAUGAAUUUCGCUUGGGCUGACGCAUAGGAAUGCCGAAUCAAGGGAGCCAGGCCAUGAGUACGAAAGGAGUAGCACUGCUGUUCUAAAUCAGGGAAGUCAAGUCGGUAAGCAGGACGAGAACUCCGCAUCGAAGCUGGACAAAGGCUGAGUAUUUGGAGCCAGCUGCCUGGAUUCCUGCCAACGACAAUGAGAGCCAGCAUCAGCACUCUGAUUCAUAACACCUUGCACAUGUUGGGAGAAGCUAUGAUGUACCACUGCGAGCAGCAAAAUGCGAAGCAACCGCAUUAAGCAGGGAACUUUAGAAGUCCUAGCAUUCGAGAUGUGGACGACAGCAUCGUGGUCAGAGCGAAAGAGUCAUGCUUUCAGCCCCAGUGGUGGCACCAAAAAAUGUGGGAAGCAAUUUCUGGCAGGAACAGCUCCUUAUAAGCGAUAGAUUGCUGCUGCUGAGCAGGAACCUGGGACCCAGAAGCCCUUUAGGAACAUUCAAUAGCCCAGUGAUCCAGCUUCAUCCAAAGGAACUGCCACAUCAGCUUUAGGGAGCAAGCCUGGAAGGAGCCAAAAACCAACCCCAUUCCACUGUGACAAGAACUGAUGCUACCAAAGCAAGUCCAGAUGACACUCUCUGUUGAGGCUAAUCAGGUGAUCCUUCUUGUGGAAGCAGCACAAAAGGUCGAUCAUGCAAUGUAGGAAGGCUCUUCCUGGCCACACCACAUUGGCAGCAUAAUGUAGAUGGCCAAAGAGGGACUCCAGUUUGCGUCUGUUGCACCACCUAUGCGGAAGCCAUGAGCUUAUCAGGCUCUGCAAGACCGAUAGUUUGUCUGCUGGCAAGCGGGCAGCUUGAUUGAUAAAAUCAAAUUCAAUUCCCAAUACUACAAGCACCGUUGCAGGGCCCUCACAGUUCUCAAAUGGAGAGCUAGGCCUGGCCAUUUGCAAACUGCUAGCGCGGUACUCAUGUUGUGCACACAGUGUGGGGAGGGGGAGACAGCGGUCACGAAGUCAUUCAGAGUAAAGCAAGACACAAAGCGCCUUUCGCGAAAGAGAAUUGAUAAUUUAGUCAUGUGAUGUCGCCCGGAACACUCGAGGAUCGUAAGCAGAGUCAUUUGGCUUUGGUCAUAACUCUUUCUUUCUAUUGGUUUGGUAUCCGCACUUGCCUAGCAACAGUCAUGACAGCGUCCCAAUUGAGCUCAGCAGCGUGAUGUCAUUGUCAGCAGGCUGCACCGCUGCAAUUUUGCUUCUGUCAUAAAUCUUUCUUUCUUUUGGUUUGGUAUCCAAGAUUGCCUAGCAACGAUGUGGCAACUACGUUCCAACUGACUGAUUUUUUGGCCCGUUUUGGCCGUCAAGAAAUAAUUUUGGCUAGAAACAUUGACUGCAGAAGUACUUUCCAGAAUACAUUGAAGCAAUUUGGGCCAGUAGCUUCAAAAUAAGAGCGAAAAUCGAGAUACAAGGGCAUUUUUCAGUGCAUCUCACUUCGCAGACGAGUUUGUGUAUGUCGCGCGAUAUGGUUCUCCAGAGUGUUUUGUUCAGUUUGGCUUUUUACCGUCGAAACCUUUUUCGUUUUUUUUUUGAAAUCUAGUUUGGAAUUCAAUUCACACCGUGGCCCACCCAAGUGUAUUGGUGUCCUGGUUUCCUCGCCGAUAGAUCAAAGUUUCUGCUCUGUACUGCGGCAAAGGAACAAUAAUUGCAAGCGAAUUGUACUGUUGUGGUGGUUGCAGUUGUUGUUGUUUUUUUUUUUUUCAUAUUGCCGCCGACAUAAUGCUAAAUAUGCUUCCUAAUACACUUUUUAAAAACACCAUACAAAUUGUAAAACAGCAGAAAAAUGAGAGAAAGAACAAAGCAAGGACCUUCACGAUGAUGUUGGCAGUGGGUCGCCCAACCAGUUCCUAGCCUCGCCCGACAGGGCUUAACUUGAAGGGAAGCUACUAAAACAUCGAGUUUCGCGAGGGUUAUUGCGAGAUACGCAUUUAUUAUCUAAAUAAUGAUGCAAUGCACUUGAGUUAAAAAGCAAGGGGUAGAACGCUUGGACAUGAAAAGCUUACCAGUCUCAAAUUUGUUGCGGCUGCAUGCUUGCUAGAGGCCCGAUCGUACGCUAACCACACGCGGCCGGUGAACGAAAAAUGACGUCAACACGAGACAAUACACUAAAAGGCCUCCAGCCAACCGCCAAUAUCGUUCAUACGCCGUUUUGGCUUUUUAGACGCUCGGGGGGAAGGAACAACGGGCGAUACCGGCGGCGAAAAAGUUGACACAAAGAAGGGACAACAAAGUUUGGCCUACCUUGCAAUUGGUUAACCGAUCCGAUGCUGGUAGCAGAAAUUGGUGGGAAACCAAGACUAGACGCAGCCAGAUCCAAAGCUUGAGAAUGCAAACGAACGUCGUGGGAACGCCCCCAGCCACGCUUGAGGCUACCGGAACGCUUAUUGUAGAUGUAGUUUGUUCGGCUGAGAGCGCUGAUUUAACGGCAGCGACCACGGAGGCGCGGCCAAAAAGGCAAAGGACGGCACGUCCGGAACGCUAGUCAGAUGCGAUGGGCUCCCAAACAUCGUUCGCAGAAGAAGGAGGAACUUCUGGGAUGGCACCCGUUGUCAAAGUGGGCAGUCGUGAAUCCAGCGGCAAAAAACCGGCCGCAAGGCUGUUGUUUGUGUUACGUAGAGACAUGCGGCGAGUAGAAAACGGUGUGUAACGGCGAAGACGGCAAGAAUCCACAAUGAUUCGCAAGUAGGCAAACAUUGAUCCGCUACGAUCAGCAAGAAUCCGCAAUGAUUCGCAAGUAGGCAAAAAUUGAUCCGCUACUAUCAGCAAGAAUCCGCAAUGAUUCGCAAGAAGGCUAAAAAUGAUCCGCUACGAUCAGCAAGCAACGGCGAAGACGGCAAGAAUCCGCAAUGAUUCGCAAGAAGGCAAACAUUGAUCCGCGACUAUCAGCAAGAAUCCGCACUGAUUUGCAAGAAGGCUAAGAAAUGAUCCGCUACAAUCAGCAAGCAAAGCUACAAUGCAAAGCAACACUAGCAAAAGGGCACACAAGGAGCCCUGCAAUUCCCCGCGGGCCGCCCCGUAGGUCACAUACUGAAGUGGGAGAAGACUGCUGGCCAACUCGCUCGAGUUUAACUUUGCCUAAAUGAUAUUUAGCCACAUUAAAAAAAACUCUUUAAGACAGCAGUUCUUAAACUGAGAUGUUGAAAAAAAAAUCACUUUUUCUUGGAUAGCUUGAGAAAACAGUCAACAUUUCGCAAAUGCCACCACUAGUUUCCAUGCAAAAUGGCUACCGAUGAAUGAGUGCAGAAAUUCCUAAAUGAUUUGACCAAUUAUUGAAUGUGGGUAGUGCUUCUGAUUGGCUGAAAAUUUGUUUCAUCCAAUCAGAAGCACUACCUAGAUCUGGAUAGUGAGAUGUCAUCAGUAUGUAAUUUUCUGUGGUCGUUCCUCAGACUUGAUAAUUGAGGGAAAUUUGUGAAGGCAUCACAAAAUGUCAGCUGUUUUCUCAGGCUUUUCGUGAAAAAAAAACAUUCCCCAUAGAUGUUAAUGAAGCUAAAAACCCUGAAGCCAUUGUACUGCAGGUUGUGUCUAAACGUUACAAUGUAGAUCUACAGUGAAGUGUAUUUUAAGCUAGAUUUCUGUCUACAUUUUUAAGUUUACACUCAGGUCACUGUGAAAAAUGUAAACCUGUACGGUUAUAGUGCUAACUGCUGGGUGUCUUUUUAGGCUCUUAAAAGUCUUGCAUCAAGACUAACAUCCCGUGAAGACAUUGGUAAACAGCUGGAAACAUUCAAGUUAAAAAUGAUUCUCAGGUUGGUAGGGAAGCACCUUCAUUUGUCAGGUUGAUAACUUUUAUGAAUGGUUUCUUAAUAGCUUUCUUUUUCCUUAGAUUACUUCAAAUUUCUUCUUUUAAUGGAAAGAUGAAUGCUUUAAAUGAGGUAAGAGUUGGAAUCUUGUAGAAACUAAUUUAUGAAUAUUUGCCUCCUUUCAUUUAACAUUUUGCUGGUUUAAAUGACAACCUGCUUUGAAUGAUCCUCAGAAGUUUAAAAUGUCACCUAAGCAAUAUUGUUGAUGGAGUAUAUGUAUAAUGCCAGGGUUUUAAUUAAGAAUUCUAGUAGCAGGAAAAAGAUGUAAUAUUACGGAGAAUAUUUUGAAUGCAGCUCCAUGUCUGAAUAAAAUACCGCCCUAUGCUACCAAACGUUAGCCAGAGAAACAGUGUAGUAAAUGGAGAAUUCUCGGAUCUCCGAUGCCUAAUGAACACCCUGAAUGCAUGUGGAUAGGCUGAGGGGAAUAAAGCAAAAGAAAAUGAAUAACAUUAUUCAUCUUUAAAUCCUUUUUUUAAAUUUUGUAAUACAUAUGAUAUGUUUUUUACCUUAGUUUAGCUCGUUAUUGAUUGUAAAGCCGCACAUCUGUUGUGACUGAUUUCUUUAUAAAGACUUCUUAAUCCUUGAAUCUCAAGGUGAUUUCAUUUGUUUUAGCAGUAUACCCCUCAGCUUUCAAGCCUAGUGUGAGUUUAAACAGUUUGAAAUUGACCUUUUGACUUCUGAAGAACUGCUUGACGCCUUGUAUUUUGCUUGCAAAACAUUAGGAUCAGAAGUCACAAUUGGCCUUUUUUCAUCUCUUCAAUUCCAGUGAAACAUUUUGCUAAGGUCAGGGCCUGAAAAAUACUUGAAUUCCUGCUUGUCCUUUGGGCAAGCAGCUCUCACAUUUUGCUUCCUCGGGCAACAUGCAAGUUGUUCUACUUAGUUAACAAUUUAUUUGGAGGAUGAUUGGCGUUUACGUAUGUUUACGUCAGACAAGCAAAUUUCACCACCAAGCCUUGUUUUGAAAUUGUAAAGUUGCUAAGUUUAGCAUAAAUAAAUUCCCAAGCCAGUUGAGUUGAAUAGAAUAACCGAGCACAACAAGUGCAAAGCGAAGAAUUUUUCUUUCAGACAAGGGGUGGUAGUGAAAUUUGCUUGUAUGAUGUAAUCAUGCAUAAGGGCCAUUGCCUGGACCCUUGCCCACAGGCAAGUGGACUUUUCUCAGGCCCCGUAAGGACAGUAAACGUUUCAGUUAGGAUUCAUUGUUGCUGAUGUUGUUGUUUGGCAGAUUAACAAAGUUAUCACAGGUGUAUCAUAUUUCACUCAUCGUCACACUGUUACCGAGGAGGAGGAGUGGCUGACUGCAGAAAGAAUGGCUGUAAGUAAAACUAGGUUUACUGCUAAAUCCAUUUUCAACAGGAAAGUAAGAGUUAGCUACUACAUGUAUAUGCAAAUGAUUUUGCUGUACAUGUACAUAGAUAAUGUGUCAAAGCAGAUGCAUAAAAUAUGAUGUUGAUGUAAAUACGGUUGUAUGUGUGCUCAAAUGUAUCUCUGUGUGUUUUUGGUCAGACACAAGCCAUACACUUAGUUUUGGGUCCAUUACAUGCAUUAAAAUAAUAUUUUGUUGUGCUUAUCUCUGAUCUGCAUUUUAUAUCAAAAGUGUCAAACAUAAAUCAACUGUUUAAGAUAAUAGUUGCUAAGUUGUCUUCACAUUUCCUGUCACAAUUAGUUUGUCAUGGUCUCAUUACAAUACUUGUUUUGUUUAUGAAUCAGUAAUGUUUGCUUUGCAUUGCAGGAAUGGAUACAGAAAAAUGGUGUCCUUUCCAUUGUAUUAAAAGAUAAUCUUCAUCAACCUCAGGUAACUUGUCAAGUUCGCAAAAACUUAAUAUUCUGAAAUACAUCUAAUGGUGCUUUGUAAGAUUAAGUUGUAAGCCUCUAAUCUUGUCCAUUAGGCAAGCUUAUUUUAUUAUUUUCCUUUCACCCUGAGUUAAGUUGCUACAUGUCUGGGGGUAUUACUCCUUAAAAUUAGUUUCAUCAUGGCCGGCUAAAUUUUUCUUGGUUAUGCAGCAGAUUUUAGAGUGGGUAGGCCAGGUUUAAGGCUCCACUGGACCAGCACUCAGGGUUUCCAUCAGUUAUGCCCUAGUCCAUACUACAUUCAAAUCUCCAUACCGAUCUCUAUACAUUGCCUUGAAAAAUUAGUUGAAAGAAUUUGUUGAAAAAUCAACAAAGUAUUUUCAGUUAGGUGAUCAUUUCAAUGUUCUCACCAGAAUUUUGUGAUUUGUGGCCCAGUUACCCCAGGCCUUGAAGUUGCUGGGCUUUGUCUGAAGGCUUUGUCUCCCAGCGCUUUUUGGUUACUUGGUUCUGUGGCACAUAAAUUAAUCACCAUAGGUAUAAUGAAUCUGUGGCAGUUAUCACCCCUAUUGUGCUGUCCUUUGUCUUGAGUAGGUUACUGGGAGAGAUCUUUAGAAUGAUCUCUUCGCGCUUCUUCAAGAGCCAUGGUGGUUGCCGGUCAACAGAUUGAGUUUAAGGUUAUCUUUUUUUCUCUUUGCAGUAUGUUGAAAAACUAGAAAAAAUUCUUCGUUUUGUUAUAAAAGAAAAAGCAUUGUCCUUGGAUGAUUUAGACAACAUCUGGGCUGCUCAGGUUUGUGUAUUUUAUUUUUUUGACUUUCUUUCACUCAUGAAUAAGCUGCACUUUUAAAUUUUUCUACCAUAUGAGGAAUAAUUCUUCUAAAGUAGUUGUCAACCAUAUUUUUAAUGCUUAUUUCUAGGCUGGUAAGCAUGAUGCCAUUGUAAAGAAUAUCCAUGAUCUGUUGGCAAAGUUAGCUUGGGACUUCUCUGCAGAUCAACUUGAUCACCUUUUUUCAUGCUUCCAGGUAAACUACAGUAAGCAGGCUUUAGAGCUGUUUAUUUCAAAUUGUUUAAGAUCAACAUUUAGUAGAAAUGUUUGUAUUCUAAUUAAUUUGUAUGAGGAACAACCCAUCCCUUCUACUCUUCCCUAUUCACAGUCCUAAAUUGAGAUUGUUAUCCAGAAUCUCAGUAUAUUAGGUAACAUUUAGACCCACCUUAUACAGCUUAUACAACCUAUCAAAUUCUUUUUGAUAAGAUAGGGUAAAAAGUGAUGGAUUUGCUUGUGGGAGAAGAGGUGGAAUGUGAGGAAUUAGGUGGACCUCUUUGCUCAUCCCACCAAGAUCUGCUAAGUUUGAGUUAUACGUGGAUGAAGUGUAUAAAGUGCCUGCGGCAUUAGUGUGCCUGUUAGCUACAUACAUAAUAUAUCAAGGAUCAGCAUGCAAAGAAAGCCUUGUCCGAUAGCCCCGGGCUAGUGGAUUUUGCCAUUGGGCAAGUGAUUUUUGUUCUUAACUUGCCCAACGGGCAAGUGCUGUUUUCUGGGGGAAUUCAAAUUACGGAAGGAUUGUAAUCAAUCCUACCAAUCAAAAAGGGUUUUUGGCUAGUUGAAAUGACUUGUGGGCUAGUACAUGCUAGCUACAGCUUGCCUGAAAGUUAGGCUGUAAAACUGACUUUCUUUGCACCCUGAGAAUGAUAAAUCUUAGGGUAAGGAAAGGAAAGUACGACCCAUUAAAAGAUUUCCACAGACAAAUUAGACAUAGGUGACACCAUUAUAGUUUAAUCCUUCCCAAGCACAAAGGUUACUGAGUAUUAUCUCAAGCAUCCAUAAUUGACCUUAGGGUGAUAGGAUUUAAAGUGAUGUCUUUACAGUUCGUUGCUUCAAUUGUUAUUUUGAGAAUUUGAAACUGUGGUUACACAGUGUGUUAAAAUGAUAUUUUCAUAUAAUACACAGGAAAGUUGGACAAAUGCCAGCAAAAAGCAGAGAGAGAAAUUGCUAGAGUUAAUAAGACGGCUGGCUGAAGAUGACAAAGAAGGUGUAAUGGCUCAUAAGGUACAAAGCAAAUAAAAAUUAAAAGUAAAUAAUGAAGGCACAAAGGCUAGUGGGGCUGGGCAAAUAGUUAAAGUGUACACUACUAUGGUUAAGAAUCCUAGUACAUUGGAGGCUAACCAGUUGGCUAUUUACAAGCAUGCUUGAGGACAUGAACUCAAGACUUCUGAGGACAAAUCUAGUCAGCAGUUAGUAGGGUUCUCAGUAGAAGCCGGCAACUGGCAAUUCAUCACCGCCUACUUUAAUACUUGUUGCCUCUUACUUUGUAUUUUAUUGGUUGCUUUUCACUCCCUAGUUUACAGCCCCUCUGUUUGUCACAGCCACGUACUUAAGGUUGGGCAGACACCUACUUCAAAUCCUAUUGAGAACCCUGAGUUGGAGUGGGGCUUGAACUUGGAGGCCUUUGGAUAGCAAGAACAGCACUCUAACCACUUUGCCACACUUCCUCCUUGGGAUUAACAUUAAUCUUCCAAAUACUGAUUCUAUCUCUUGGAUUUCAUUUUUAGGUGCUGGGCUUACUGUGGAACUUAGCUCACAGUGAAGAUGUACCAACUGAUAUCAUGGACUUGGCACUUAGUGCUCACAUUAAAAUUUUAGACUACAGCUGUUCACAGGUAUGCCAUCAUCCAAGAUGGGGCUUUACUAUAACAUGGGACAGGGAAUCUUGACAUACCUUUUAGGGGUUAAAAUACUUGGAUUGGUUCCCUUUGUGUUCCAAAAUGUAACAUGACUACUGCUAGAGUUGUCAAAGUACACAUAGGCUAUUGUAGCCAUCACCAUUAUUUUAUUGUCAAUGUCAAACAUUAUGUUGGUAAUAAUGAAUCAUUGCCACGCCCACUAAAAAGAAUUCUAGUAACUUUUAUGGGUGUUAUGGAAGCCUUGCAACUAUUACCCCCAUCAUUUUAUAGGGAUUUCCCUUCCGUGCACCAACAGUGUCACAUCUCUCAGUGUGAUUUUUCUCACAGCACCCUGACUUGAGAUGACGUUUAUUUAAAGAAGGACAAUGUCUGAGGUUUCAUUUAUUUCUUUCUGCUUUCACAGGAUCGUGACUCUCAAAAAACGGAAUGGAUCGAUCGCUGCAUAGAAGAGCUCCGUAGUGACACUUGGGUCUUACCAGCUCUCAAGCAAAUCAAAGAAAUUUGUUCUCUAUUUUAUGAAGUAUGACUCUCAUCAUUAUACGAUUUGUAAAUUAAUUAACCAGUUAAUACAAUGUAUGCGUGUUAAUCAGCCUUUCAUGUCGAAAUUGAUUCCUGCUUAACUAUGCAAUCAAAUUUGGAGUUGUAUGCAACUUGAAAUUACAUCUGCCUCCUGGUGAUCCCAGAAUCCUGCAUAUAACACCGGUCUGGAAUUACUGGCAUAUCAUUCAUUGCUGUAAAACUCGGAAAACCAAAACCACCAGAAAUGUUUCUGUAAUAUUAUUGUGUUGCAAGAAAAAAGCUAAUCAGACAGGUGAACUAAAAGACGAGCAACAAUGUUAAUAAGUUCCUGGUUAUGGGGUUUGCUUGCAUGUGCUUAUCUUUGCUCUUUGAUCCAUCAAAGUUAGUGUGACAAAGUGAUGUUGCCACACCUUGGUCUAAGAGUGAAAGGUUAAUUUGAUACACUAUCAUUUCACCUGAAUUCAGGCACUACAGAGAGCUAACUAACAGAUGUUUUAACUUCCUUUUUAGGCUCCCCAAAAUUACUCUCAUACUCAACGUAACCCUCAUGUGUACUACCGACAUGAGGUUAUAAACCAGUUACAGCAGACCCACUCCCUGGUUACAAUAGUGGCUGACAAUCUGGCAAGCUAUAUGAAAAAAGUGUAUUCCCUGCUUGAAAGUAAGAAAUGACAAAUAGUAUUAACAACUGCAUGUACAAUAACUGUGUGCUUUUGUCAGGAUUGUAGUGAAGAUUUUCCCAUGUCUAUUUAAAUGGGUUCUCUCUGAAUUGAUCUACCAUCGCUUUGACCAUGGUUAAAACUCAAUUGAAAUUUGAAGGGUAGGUACGCUAAGGUAGCAGAAAAGGAGGGCAAGAAGUUAUGUGGCAACUAAAAAGUGUCCAUGGAAACCUGGCCAAAGCCCACCUCAAGGAACCUGUUAACACAGUAAGAGCCAUGCUGCACAAAAAUGCUUACCUCAUACUUACAUUACCAUCAAUCACAGUCAUAAUUCUUUAAACCACUGAUAUGAAACCUAAGAGACUUGACUGUCUGGUAUAGGGACACGUAUGGCUUACUUCCCUUUUCUCAAUGUUGAAGUGAUGGGUUUUUUGGCCACAUACCAUGUGAAAACCAACAUUGAAGGGGAAGGAGCAGAAAAAUUAGCAAGCAUUUCAACAAUUAUGAAUAGGAUUGAGGGUGGGUGGGCAAUGUCUCAGUCUAAGCAAAGCUGGCAAAAACAAGGGCACAUCAAAGCGUCCCUGAAAAGCCCCACAUAUUGCAGCUGCCGCUGACUGGUGAUAUCUGCAAAAUUCCAUUUAGUAGCAUUUGUUAGCACUGUCUAAGCAGGGUUAAACUAGUCAGUCACUUAAGGGAAUUUGAUUGGUCAAUUGAUAUUUCAUAGAAUUAAAAUAAAAUGGAAUGUGGUAAAUUUUGUGGCUUAUUUUUAAGGUAAACCCAAUGUGGACCCUAGUGAAAUUCAAAUUGAUGGGAGAUAUAACCAUUCCUUUCAAGUCCAGGAAAGACUCAACUUCCUCAGGUAAUUUUCUUUUUUUCUGGAAGUGGACUAUAAACUGUGUCCAUGGCAAGUCUUAAUUUCAAGCUCCCAUUCAGGAAGGUAAAGUCAAACCUUGCUUUACAGAUGGCACCCACUUAAUAUGGACAACUCAUUAUUAUGGACAGUUUGCUUUGUCCCUAGGAAAAAAAAGCCCUUACAUUUUCUCUAAAUCCAACCCACUUAAUACAGACACUUUCUAUGGUCCCUUCAGUUUCCGUAUUAACGGGGUUUGAUUGUGCUGUGAAUUGGUGAAAAUUUUUACCCACUGAAUAUAGACUGCAAAAUAGUCGGUUUUUUUCUCAAAAUCAGUAAAGAAAUCAGUUAAACGUGGUGUAAGAGUCUUGCGUGUGAGGCGACAGAAUUUUUAGCGUCUCUUUCCAGUCUCGCUCUCUGUUUUCAGCCUCGUUCCAGACCUUUUGUUUGACUGCUCGCGCGUACUUGAAUACACAAAAAUAUGGGCUGUUUUGCAGUCUACACUGAAUGCAACAAUUCUGAAAAAAGAGUUGCCCUAGCAACCCUCCAAGUUGCGACCAUUUUGGUCGCCAUGGCACCUAAAAUUUUGGAGCUGGCAACUUGAUUAGUAAAAGGUCUCCCUAAACCAAAAGAGUUGGUUGCCAAAUGGCAACCAAGCAAAAACUUUAACUUGGAGGGUUGCUUAGGCAGGAUUUUAAGGCAGAAGAGUGGUGUCUCAUGUCCCCAAUUUCCAAAACGACCAUAGAUGGAUUCUUGAACCUACUUGAUUUUCAUGGUAUGAAAUUUUAAAGGUCAGCAUAAUUAAGAAAGACGAGUUAUACAGAAGAGUGUGGCUUUUUUCUUUAACUCACAAGUUGUUGAUUUAGAAAUAUUUUCUUAUAAUUAUAGGAAACUGACUAAGUAAGUUGGAGUGUAUAAUGCUGAGACAUUUUUGUGAUUUCUUUCCACAGAUUUCUUUUAAAAGAUGGACAGUUAUGGCUGUGUGAGCCACAGGCUAAACUGGUAAAUUACCGGAAAUCAUUACAUAAAUUAUUAAAGUUACAAUAAUUUUUCUUCAUUUUGUGAAAUUAAUACACUUGUAGUUACUUUUAGAAAUUGUAGCUCAAAAUUGAAUUCAGGUUUAAGUAGGUUUCACCUAGUUUGAUUUUUCCUUGUCUUUGUCUUUCUCUGUGGUCUUUUUCCUUGACAAUGUUACUUGUAGUCAUAGUCGUAUAUUUGAAAAUCAAACAGCCUACAAUGUAGGUUGAAACAAUUUUAACCUGAAUUUUGUUUUGAAUUACAACAUAUUAUUGUUGUUUGAUUUAAUAUUUACUAUAAGUUUUGUUUAAUAUGCACUAGAAUAUAAUUUUAUCGAUAUAAUUAAUAAUUUUGUAGAGUCUGCAUGUUGACAAUCAGACAAUCGUUUCUCUUUUGCCCCUACAUAUCUCCUCAACUUGUUUCAAUAUUCAACAGCUACACAGUAAUGCAUAAUGUUAUUAAAGAAAACAUUGGUUUCAGCAUCUUGUCGGUUAACAGUUAAAAUCUUGAUGGAGCAACCAAACACACAGAACCAACAAAAUUGAUUAUCUGGUUUUGUGUGAAUUCUAGAUCUGGCAGUGGCUUGCGGAAAAAGCUGUGCUACCAUCAGACAGAGAGUGCUGCUUCAAGUGGUUUUCAAAGGUAAAACAAUCUACUCUCUGAAGUCGAAGAUCCAUUUUACUCUGUAACUGUCAGAUCAAGAUGCCAUCUUGCUAUGGAAUUACGCUGUGGUUCAAUUUUAUACUUGAACCUCUGUAUGGGUAUUUCCAACAAAAUAGAAGUUGCAACGAUUGCUAUUGAUAAAGAGAAGAUCUUAGAGAUUUACGUAACGAUCACAUGGCGAUUCUAAUCAAGUUUGACACUUUAAGUUCAUGUUAGUCACACAAUGAUGGCAUAGAAAUCUGCCAAAAAGUGUGUUGCCCAUUCAGAGUUUUUGGUUUCCUUAUUAUACCUGUUGCUUUUUCGAUGUUCCCAUUUCUGUUGUCAUUGUGGUUGCGCUGAGCUCGUUAGUAGCUUUACCAUGUGAAACGUUUCGUGAUAUGCAAUUAUUUCACCUGAAAAACUGACAAUUGGAUGGAAAAUGCGUGAUGAGACCAACGUCUGCAGGUACCUAUACAGAAGCUCAUACUUGGUGGGUGCAAAUUUUGUUGUCCUUUAAUUCAAAAUCAUUAUCAUUCAUUGCCAGAUCCCAAAACAACCAAAAAUGACAUUUUGAACGAAGGAUAAGAUUGAAUCACACUACAUCUCCUGUGAAUAAAAGCUGCUAGUUAUUAUUGACUCUUAUGAUGAGGCAGGAGUGUGUUUAGGAUCUGGCUUAAUGGGACUACUUUAUGCCACACCAGAAUGUUUUCUGUUGUCACUUUAACUCUAUUUAUGUUUUAAUGAUCACAUUCCAAAACAUGAGAAAGUGACCAGCAACAAUAAAAACAAUUUUUUUUCACAUUACUUCAGGAGGACUUUAAGGGAAAAUUCUUUGAGGGAAAUAUUAUUGUUAACGAAAAAUUGAGUUUUUCAAAGCAUUGAUCAAACCAUGAUUGGCGUUAUUCCCUAGCUGGGAUGACGAAGAUUAAGUAACUUAGUGCAGCAAUAUCAUGUAAUCAUGGCCCCAUAUAUGUUAACACUUAUUGCCGUGGCUCAAAAUGUAUGAGUAAUAACGACAGAUUUUCAGUUGUCAUUGUGAUAAUUUCUUUUAGUUAAUGGGGGAUGAACCUGACCUUGAUCCAGAAAUCAGCAGAUCAUUCUUUGAGGGGAAUGUCCUCAAGUUGGACCCCUCCCUGUUAACAGAAAAUGGUAUAAGGUUAGUAAUACAAUUAAUUUCGUUUUGUCCGUAAGAGAUUUGUCACUUUUUAGGUGAAUUCUACUUAAAUUAUUUGUUCUUAUCUACAGGGCUGUCAUAAAGUUUUGAAGCAGCCAUAGCUAAUAUUAAUUCAUCCCUAACAUCUCACAAAAAGUUGAUGGUGUGAUCUUUAGCUUUCCACUUUGAUCACCUGUAACAUUAAUUGAGCGUAGAUAUGACAGUUGUUGUGUAUUGCGGCCCUUAAUGACAGCUCUGGUACAGAAACAAUCCUGCAACUACAGAAUGGCACUGUUGAAGCUUAUUUAAAUAAGCUCUCCAUAUAUUCACUGAGACUUAGAAAUGUUUUUGUUUACUCCCGUCAUUGAAAAAAUCUUUGUUUGGACUUUCUGAAAAUUCACCCGACAAUAACUGCCUUAGAGCAAAAUUGAACUACGCAUUAUCAUUAUCAUCAUCAUCAUCAUCAUUUAUUACUCUCUGUUAUUUGCAAGAUUUUUCGUUUACAAUACUCUUGUAAGCUUCAUAGCAAAGCAGUUACUCUCUCAGACUUUUCCACCUGUUGUGAAAACAAAUACCUCAUAAAAUGAAGACCCAUUAUUGAAGACUGAAUUUAAGAGCAAAAUUUAAGACCCAAAACUGAGACGCAAAGCCAAGACCUCCCUGUCAAAACUAGAACCCUAGUUAACAAAAGAAAAGAGGGGGUCUUAGUUUUUUGUUUUGGUUUUUAGUCGUAGCUUUUCUUCUUUGUUCUUUAUAGAGGGUGCUCGUUUUUCUAUAACCCAAAAAGGUCUUUUAAUUGUUUACUUUCCACUGUACAGCUCUUGUUUUAUGACCCAUGGAUUAUUUUCCUCCCUCAGGUGUUUUGAAAGGUUUUUCAGGGGAGUAAAUGUCAAGGAGGGUAAACUAGUGGCAAAAAGAAGAGCAUACUUAAUGGAAGAUUUAAAUUUAAUUGGAGUGGAUUACUUGUGGCAGGUAACUACUGUAGUCUCAACAACAACAACAGCAAUCUUCAUUUGUACUCACUCUCUUGUUCAACAAGAAAUUAACACAAUGCAGCUAUUAAAAGUAAACUUAGAGUACUUGCUGCGUGGAAUAAGUAUAGGGGCUACUAGCGGAGCCAGGCAGCCAGUCUACUGUCUAACUGUUGCUAGUUGCAGGUGACAAGAGGAGCCCGCAAUCCUAACCUCCAGGUUGCUAUUAUGAAUACACGGCAUGUAUACGCCCGUCCGUACGCACCACAGGGAAUCCAGCGUGAAAUGUCAAACUUUCUAACUAGUAUGGGAGCCUGUAACCUGUGUUUAACUUGAUAAUAGACAUCCAUAUUGUGGUCAAUUGACAGCUGUCAGCACAGGGUAUCUGCCGAACAGUGUUACAUGACUGUAUCGCGGGCUAGGAUGGCAACUCAUCGAGGUCACGUGUCUUUUGACCAGUUGUUGGCUUUUAAUUGUUCCCAAGUUCAAGUUUAUGUUUUUCAGUGAUAUGGAUAUAGAUUCGUGGAUUUCUUUGCAAUGGUUUGAAGUCCAUUGUCUGAUGUAAAUUCAAAAUGCAUAAACCGGAGCUUCGCUUUUAGCUCUGCCUAAAUCUGUACAAACGUAUAUUAUGUUACUUUGUAGUAGUAGCCUUUCAUGACAUUUUGACUUAAGCCUUGGUUAUCCUUUACUCUCAACUUUGUCAUAAACUUUAACCUUUUUGGCAUUAAUACUCACACACUGAUUGAAUGCUACGUGCGCUGUGAUUGGUUGUUGCCCAUGAUCUAUCAGAGUACAGAUGCAUCGUUGACGUCACGGCAAACUUGUUUUCUUUGUUUUGUUCAACAUGGCGCGUGGUGUUGAAAAUGUUUGUGAGAUUCUUUCGUAUUAAAGCAAGCGAAAGCCUCAGUGACAUCAAUGACACACUCGCCUGCGGCUCAUGUGCCACUUUUUUGUUUUUGCCACAUUUUGAGGUUAUCUAUUACUAAACAGACGCACGGCAAAAUGGAAUCUAUUUGUUAAACAGAAUUAGUAGAGAGAACACUCUUGUCUUUGUUAUUUCUCGUAAAUUUUUUCUGUUGAUUGUGUAUUUAUAUUGUUACGUUGUUAUGAGAAAAUUAAUGUUGGUCACUCUUAGAAAUUGAAGGGUUAUGUUUUGUCACCUAGCAACAUUGUAAGCAGAAUUUAGAUGCUGAUUAUAAAUAGUGUUUGAAAGCUAAAAAAAGAGUACCGGUAGUACCUUUUUGGUAUGUCAUAAUUUGCAAAUCUUGCAUUGUGAAUUUUCAGGUGGUACUACAGGGAUCAGAUGACAUUGCAAGUCGAGCUAUUGAACUACUUAAGGAAACGUUCACUUCUUUAGGACCUAAACUAAGAGCAAGUCAGGUAUGUGUACUGGUGCAUCAUGAAAAUCCCUCGCAUGAAGCAAUGAAUGGACAAAGUGGUUUCAUGUAGGUUUUAAAGAAACGGUGGUGUCAUGUUGAAGGGGCUAGGAGGGGUACAAAACAGAAUUUCUUUGAAAAAACUGAUUUGCUUAAGCAAUUGACAAUUCAUCUGCACCCCCCCCCCCUCCUUUAGCGUCAGCCUCAGCUGUCUGUACUACCACUGCCUCUGUUACGUUUCUUCGUUUCUCUUUUUUGCAAUUCUUGCUGUUUUGUUCUCAAUCCCGAAAAUUCGGGAAAAAUUUACCUCAAAAAUGUCUUUUUCAAUCCGUGUUCAAAAUUUUUUUCGAUUCAUGGGACAAAAAGUGACUCUAAAAUGAACACAAAAUCUUGGAGCACAUGCAUACAAGUAAAUUAGAGCUUUGAAUGACUCAAGCUUAAGGUGCAAAUGUAAUAGAAUAACGUAGAUUGGUUCUCCCGGAAUUAGUAAGUAUGACAAAUUGUACAUUGUACAAAUUGUGUCAACCAAAUUUUGGUUGCUUGUUAUACUCAAACACAAAACUGUUGUAACAGUAUGCGACUCACUUUUAAUCACCAUAGUAAUUUGCAGGUAGAAAAACUAGUCGUAAACUGUCGCAAAAGUCAGUUUGCGCAGAAACUUCGCCCGUGCACAGAGUAGACAUUUCCUUCAUUAUUUUGAACGAAGGCACCAAGUCAGGACUUGAGUUGACAAAACACAGUGAUUUGUAUGAAAUUGUCGUGCACAAGUUAUUCACACACUGACACAUUCGACAUCGAACAUCUUUCCAGAGAAUUGUUCCGGAACGGUUGGCCGAGAGGGUUUGAUGAACUAAAUUCCAGUCCUCACUCCUGAAUAUUUACUUCCGUCUCAGUGGAGUCCAUUGCUCAUUCACUUCCCUCUAAGGUCUAGUCUGCUACACAGCCGUUUUUAGUGUCAUCACGCAACGCGCCUCACGCAACGCUCCUCCCCACCAAGUUAGUGGGGAGGAGCGUUGCGUGACGACACUAAAAACGGCUGUGUAGCAGACUAUCUAAGGUCCGAAUACCAAGCUAUUCACACGGUACUAAAGUGUGACACAGAACCUAUCUAAAAUGUGAUGCUCCACUUUCGAGAUCAGUGCCUCGCCGCUUCGUUCCGUUACAGAAAUCCCGCCGAAAUCACCGUUCCUAUGUGUGAACAGAAUCCCUAUCCGGAAUGAUUUGCGUGCGUGCGCAAGAGCUAUCCGAUAAACUUGCAUAGAAAUUUAAUGGCGCACAUUAGUUUGUUAUUGUUGAGUAAUUACCUGUUGUAACAGCUAGCCGACAAAUUGUUUCAUGUUUCUCAUAGGUUGAAAUCCAUGAUAAGUUUAUCAUGAACUGCACCAAUCAGAUUCGUCAGUCUGCAGACUUAAUUUCAGUCAAUAAGAGUACAGAGAAUGCAACUAUAGACAAGAAGUCAGAGUUACCCAGAGAAAAGCUCCAGCAGGAGGCUAAGAAAACAGUGCGAUGUUUGACAGUCCUCAGGGAGUAUGUGGGCGAAUGUGACGAUGAACAUGCGGAGGAAAGAGCUAUUCUUCCUCACGGAAGGUAAGUGUAACGCUUGUUGUUAAAGAAUCUGUGUCAAGAAAUUAAUAAAAAAAAUUCAAGCAGUUUUAACUGCCACCAGAUUGAUGGAAACAUAAAAAUAACCGUUCAAAAUAAUAAAGAAAGUAUGAAGAUCAGAGCAAAUACACAAAGGAGGCACGGAUGGAUAAAUUUCAAGAAGAUUGAAACGGAUUGCUAUUGUGUUUGUAAAAACUUGUUAGUUUAACAGUUUUUUUUUACAGAAAAGUUCAUUUUAUUUGUUUGUAACAUUGAAAUAAUGCUUGGGAGACAUUUGUUUGACAAGAAGCUGUGAUUUUGUCAUUUACUUGAAAUUUCUCGGGUUCCAUAGCAAAUAAAACCGCGUACUUGGCAUUAUUAAUAAAAUGAACUAGACAGCCGUGACAGUUACCGGUAAUCUCGCCCCCAAGUCAUUUCGCCCCGGUAACUUAGCCCCCAAUUCUAGAACGAGGAAGAAGUGAAUGCGUGACGAACGAACCCCAGAGGACGUCUGCGGGAAGGCUACUGCGAAACUGGAAUAAAGAUAGAUGAAAACUGUAAAACUGCAGACUUACAGGGGUACGAUAGAGACCAUAAGAUUCGGGGACGAGAACGAUUACAAGUACGAGAUUUGAUUCAAAAGUUUGAAUGGUUCCUUGUACUUUUUUUCACUAGAAAAGUUAGCACUGUUAACUGUGUGGGAGGAGGGUAAACCCUCUCCCGAUCGCAAAAUGCUAACAUUUGAUAAUUUAAUGUCGCCACUACAACGUUCCUGCUAAAACGCGUAGUAGAAUGACGAUGACUUUCACAAUUUCAUGCCAAAAUAACGGUGACUCACGCGCGCGCAAUACUUAAUAUUGAGAAAAUCUUGUACUUGUAGUGCGCUAUUUUUUACGCACUACCAAAACAACUCAACGUUGUCCCCAGGUCUUCUUGGUUAACUGUUCAAUAAUCCGGCAAUUUUGCUGCACACUUGACGUCAUUUUUCACAUAUCGCAAAAUUCUUCCAAAUUUGGUCGACAAUAGCUGGUUAUGAUGCGUGGGAUUUUAGCCAAUCAGAAACGGAGAAAUAUUUUGACUGAAUAAUAAUUUACUUUAAUAUUCUAUUACAAGACUUGAUAUCUUUCUUUAGAUCAUGUCGUGGUCAGCACGUGUCACUCAUUGUCAGAUUUCCCUCACAUGGUCGCCAGGGAGAUGACUUUGAAAUCUGGUCUCACGCAAACGAGUCAAUAGCAUCUGUUAGAAGACAAAUUUUAAGCAGGUACGUCCGAAUAUUCUAAAGUCUUAGUCUGCGAGUAGUCUCUCUUUUCCCUCAGAUUUAAUGAGGGCAGUUCACGCGCGCUCGAGCGGCGAGGCGAUGAGACGCGAGAAAUGAGGGCGGGAGCCUUUAGUCACGCGAAUGGUCAUUUUCGUGUCUCGUGCGUUUUUCUCGACGGAUUAAGAUGAAAGAGAGACUGCUCGUGGUCUAAAUAAGUCACAAGUCCAUUAAAGCUAUAAAUAUAGAUUGCAGUCAUCAGACAUAGUCUAACAAAAGUUGAUAAAAUGCCCAACUAACUUUACCUGCACGCUGACACGGCAUAUUAGGGUCAUUUUUUACGAGAAAAGUAAGGCGUGUCUUGUUUAUGAACAGCUCUUAACGCAUGUUCUCUCAGGGGCUAUUAACAUGAUACCGGAAUGACUUUCAUUCUGGAACGAGUUUAUUCCAUCUCCAUAUAGUUCUCUGUAAUUGUUUACACGAUAUCGAACCAAUACAAGUCAUUCCGGUUUUCAUUCCGAAUGAAAUUCUCAUUCUGGUACGAAAUUUCCUUCUGAUAUCAUGAAAACUGAAAACGAACUUCGUUUCGGAUUGAAAAUCGUAAAUUGUUUAGUUUAGGGCGAGUGGCGCAUACGUAUUUGAUCUGGCGCGAAAACCACGCGAGCGAGAAUGCCUUAGGCGGUACCGUUCGAUUUUAUCAGGUGAAUGCAGUUCGAACUUCACUUUGGAAUGAAACUCAUUCCGGAAUGUAGGUCAUUACGGUAUCACAGAAAUAGCCCCUUAGAUAAAACGCGCCUUGGCUAAGUCCCACUUGUUUUAAAGUAUUUUGUUAAGGAUAAUUUGCAGUGUGUAUGGAUUUUGACUCAAAGCAUUUUUGGAAGUACGAGAUAAAAAAUGUUGAAGCACCUUGACUAUGUUGAUUGAAGAUUAUGUUAUUUUCAUUCUAGUCCUAGUAUUACUUAUUACGCAAAUGUAGAAAUAAACGCAACAGAAGGGUCGUCGGCGUUCGCAGAUGUAAAAACCAGCUUGACCAGUGACAGAGCGGGAAAUUAAGCGUCAGUAGCGUCCAGUCUUUUCCGCGCGCUUUCGUGUUCUCAUUUUCCGCCGCGUUUUCAUUUGUAAAUCUGCCUAUUUUAUUUAUGAAGUUAUUAACAAUUAUUCCUCAAGCCCGAAUGGGCUCUGAGUUAAUAGCCCAUGAGGCCGAAGGCCGAAUGGGCUAUUGACUCAGGGGCCAUGAGGGCGAGAGGAAUAAUUGUUUUAGUAAAAUCCAACUAGUUGGUCAAAAAUAUCGAGACAAAACAACUUUUAGCUGGUUAAAGCUAGACGCAAAUCCCUUUUUGCCGCCAAAAAUCCGGCGUUCUUCGCUACUAGUGGGCUAUAACAUAUAGCCUAGUAGUAGCUCAACCAAUCAGAAUGCAGCAUUGAUAAUAGACCACUUGUUGGAUUUUACUAAUUAUCGAUACACGCCGAUGUCGUCGAUCUUUCACAAAGUGAAUUAUACUCAACAGUCUACAGGUUGUAGAGGUAAAAAAAAAUUGUUCCUGUGUUUAGUCACGCUAGAGCUAUUACCAUAGAUUCUUGAAAUCGUACCAAAGUUUUAGCCAUGAUACUCACAGUUUUUAGGUCGUCGCGCGUUACGAGAAUCGCGUAGCGCGCGACACAGUUUGGCUCUCGCGAGAGGGUAGUAACAAGUAAGGGAUCAUUAUACUGUUUAAUCCUAAUCGUUAUCCUAAUCCUAAUCCUUAUCUGUAAACGUUGUAACAAAAGGGUGAAGGGCUCUCUGCAGGCAGCGAGACUUGACCUUUACGUCAAUGGAGAGAUUUUAUCCCCCUCUGAUGAUAAGAGACUUAUUUCACAAGUACCACUUCGAGACAGAACGGUAAGUAUUGAUAGUUAUGAAACUAUAAGUUAGGCUCUGUUCACACGGGGUGCUUGAGCACUAGUGCCAGGGUACUGGCACAGAGUGGUAUUGCGUUCAAACCUUGGGUACUUGAUAUGUAACUGUACACGUAAUAAUAUAUGCUCCGUUGCGCCUUGUCAGACGCCAUUUUGGAAAAUGUGAGCUUAGCAGGAGGUCUAAGGUAUGCAAAGCAGUGGAUUUUGGAUCAUUUUGUUUAAGAAAAUUGAGGCAGCGAAAAUGAGCCGUGAUCUACCAGUUAUUAAGGUUCUCAUUGAAUAAUAACUUCUCUUGUUUUUUUCGAUUCCUUAUUACGAACAUCGUACAUUUUUCAUUGCGCAGUGCUUUACCCUGCGAGCUACUCUCUUGCGAUAUCUACAAACUGGUAGGCUAGCAGAGGUAGGCGCUGCUCACAUAGUGGCCACGCUUAUGACCUGCUGAGAAAAACGUCUUUCUUAUUUCAUGACCCUGCGUGCUUGUUAUUUUUUCUUGUAGUUAAUAACAGCCAAAAUUGGAACACUCAACAGUUCCAUGCCGUCCUCGCCAGAUUCCUCGUCUGAUUCAUCUGGUGGAUCCACUCCAGCUGCUCUAGAUGGGCCAAACCUGGAAGCUGAGAACUGCUUGCCAGGAGUGGUAGGUUACAAAGUGAAUGAAUAGUUCCGGUAUUACCCUUUCACUCCGGAAAUGGCCAAAAUGACAAAAUGUCCAAAUUUCAUUUUAAAAAUGCUGAUAAACAAACUGUACCUUGUGAUUGUACUGCCAAAGAGGUUUUAUUUGAAUUGUAACACCAUAGGAUUUCAUCAACAGACUCAAAAGUUAGAACUACAUUAUAAAUAAAUAGUACCAUGUGAAAGUACUGCUGAAGAGGUUUCAUUUGAAUGGUAACACCUUAGGAUUUCAUCCACAGACUCAAAAGUUAGAACUGCAUACUAAAUAAAUAGUAUCAUGUGAAAUUACUGCUGAAAAGGUUUUUUGGAAUGGUAACACCAUAGGAUUUCAUCCACAGACUCACAAGUUAGAGCUUCAUACUAAAUAAACUGUACAAUAUGAAACAGAAAUUACUGCUGAAGAGGUUUCAUUUGAAUGGCCACACUGUAAAAUUUUAUCUGCAGACUCAAAAGUUAGAACCACCUCACAAGUACACCAUACUAGUGUCCGAUAUGUUAAAAUUCAUACUUGGCUGCGAGGCUUGGGGGAAUAAAACAAUAGAAGUCAUCGUGAGGCUCAGUAAUGAAUAAUAGAUUACUUUUGUUUUAUUCCCCAAGCCUCGCAGCUAAGUAAGUAUUUUAAUAUAUCGGAAUUGGUCUAUUGCAUCAUAUUGACGAAGAUCUUCGUGUUUUUACUGAAUCAGAACUGUUUUGUUUGUUUUUUAGAUGUUGUCAAAACGCCAUAGCUUUAUGCAGUACCUAAUUAAUCUUGCGGAUCAAGGAAUUGUCCACGAUGUUCCUGAUCUAAGAGAUAGAGUACAGCAGCUACUAAACCUCAUCCCUUCAGGUAAAUCGCUUGUAUCUUUAUCAUUAUUUACUGUAUCUGGUUAUUAUACUCUCGUAAACGAAACAAACAACGGACUACAGGUGAAUAAUUAGUUUUCUUCUAAUAUUAACCAUUUUUUUAACCAAAUUUUGUUUUUAUUUAUUUGGUUUGUGUUCCCUUGAGCGCUGUGGUUGCGAGUGACUGGAUGUUGGCUGGAAUGGGAGCCUCUGAUUAGCUGUGGCGGAAUCCUAUUGUAGUACUUGCUAUACAUUUUGUCUAUGUUCUUUUUUUUCAGACACCGAAACAGUAGGAAAUAUCAAGAAUGUUUGUCGAGCUUGUUCCGAAAACUUUUCAAAGACCUCGUCUCCUUCAUUAGAUGCCAUGUUUUUCAUACCCUCUUCCACUCAAGUUCUUUAUAACCUAGAGGUAACAACCUUAUAUGUGGGAUGUGUAUGGCUAGGUAGCUUUGUUAGCGUGUCUGUUUUGUGACUGCACCUGCAUACCUGCCUUGUCUGUCUGUCUGUAUGUAUUGUCUGUCUGUCUGUCUCUGUCCGUCGGUCCGUCCGUCCGUAUGUCUACCUGCCUGCCAGUUAUUAUCAGAGAACUGAGGAUAUCUGUUCGGUUCAUCGCGUCAGAAUCUUUUAAGCGGAGUCAAAAUUUUUCCAAUUUGUUUUAUUUUUCUGCGUUAUCCUGGGUAUAGUUUUAACCCUUUCACUGCCAAAGUGCUUGAUGGAGUUUUGUAAGGUGACUCUAUUUUUUGAGUCUGUGGACGAAAUCCUAUGGUGUGACCAUUCAGCUGACAGCUCUCUGCCUGUACUUUCACAUGUGGGUACUUGUUUGUCAGAAUUUUAGAAAUGAAAUUUGGAAAUUUGGUCGAAAUUUGCCUUUGGCCACAUUUGGCAGUGAAAGGGUUAAGAGAUGGUUGUGCCGGAAGUUAGUAGAGAAAAAAGUGAAGUCUUCACUUGAAGUUAAUUAUUUUGUAAAACAAAGUGAAGCAAAACGGAGGAGCAUUAUACCAAUGACGUAAUUUUUUUUUAUCUUUUAGAUUGUCUAUUCUCUUCUUAUGCCUGCUUCCUUACCAGCGCAAGAUCACCAAACUUUAGAAUUUCAAGUAGGUUUGGAAUAUGUCUACAUGCUAGUCUUUGUUCUUUGUGUGUCGUCUGUCCGUGUUUUUGAUGGUCUGGCUGACCAUCGUGUUUUGCUCUUGAAACCCACCUGUGGAAAUUUAUUCCUGUGUAGGAUUAUAAUUUAUUGAACGGAGCGCUACAUUGCAUUUUUAUUGAAAAAAAAUAUAUAUUAAUUUUUGUUUAAUGUCAUUUUAUCAUGCAGUCUCCUCUUUUCUAAAUGUCAUAACUUCAUUUAAUAACCUCUGCAGUGCUCAUUAAAACGGUUAGUAAAAUAUCUUAGAAAGUUGUUAUCAACAACAACAUCAGUAAUAACAUUGGUUUUGUUACUCAAGUAUGGUGAGAGGAAGUGGCUAGGGGACAAUAAAUAGUCCUUCGAAAGGCUUACUAAGACCACCAGUUUAUUAGCCUGAGAAAGCGGCCGACAUUUCGCAAUGCCACCACUGGUAUCCCCCCAAAAUGACGUCGGAGGAACGACUGCUGAAAUUCCAUACUGAUGACGUUUCAUUACUCAGAUCUGGCUUGUGCUUUUGAUUGGCUGAAGAAAAUUUCCCUCGCUGCACGACCAAUCAGAAGCACUACCCACUUACGCGUCAUCAAUAUGGAAUUUCUGUUCCCGUUUCUGAGACGUCAUUUCGCGCCGAAAACAAUGCUGGCCUCGCGAAAUUUUGGCUGUUUUCUCAGACUACCAGUUUGAUAGUUACCAGACGUUUUUUGCAAUUCUAAAAGGAGCUACACAGAGAACCCCUUGGCUACAACUGAAAGAAAGGAGGUGAAAAUAUAUCUCAAUUUUGUAUGCAGGUUCACUUCUUAAAAUGUGGUGGUAUUCAGUGUGCACUUAACAUGUUGACAAGAACAGAUUUCCUUGAACAUGCUGAUGUUUUAACUAAAAGGUAGGAAGGUGCCAGCUGAGCUGUUAAUAUAAAACCCUCGUUUUCGUUGUAUCCUUUCAUUUGCAAGGUGUUGAGUGAUGGGACAAACUUCAAAGCAAGGCACUAUUUAUCAGUUGCCGGCCUAGAGAAAUCCCUUGAAAAAAUGUGCCGCCCGGUUAAGUGGCGUGGAAAUAAAGAAUUACAGAGACAAGCGGGAUGAAGGACCUUGGACUGCCGCCUUUAGAGCGGUUUUCAUUUGAGUGUCGAAAAGUAAUUGGUUUUGCACUUUCUACACGAUGCGAUUGGCUUAAAAGAUUCGCGCCACCUUUUCAUCCAAUCAGAAGUAAGACCAAAGCCAAUUGUGACGCACUUUGCGUCAGCCACAUGUAAUUACUUCGAGUUUUGAUUGGUUCAAUGUAUUGUCUGUGUCCUAUGUGAUUGGCCAGAGUAAUUACUUUGGUUUUGGUUUUACGACACUCAAACGAAAACCACUCUAACUCUAAAGGGAGUUUAACAACUACGACGCCGACGGUAGCCAACACGUCACUUUUAAAAGCGCUUACAUUCGCUAAAACUUUAUCGCGAUUAUUUGAAACUCCUCAGUCAAAUGCAGGCUAAUUUUUCAAGAGUUGAAAGUUUGGGGAGAUCAUUCAAGUUCGAGUUUACUUUGCAGUGAAAACACUCACCUGCGGUUCGUGGUUCUACCUGAGUUUUGAACAUUUUCUAUGGUCGAUAAGAGAAAAGAUCAUUGAAAAAUGUUGUCGAUUUGUUUAAUCCAGGCACAGGACUAAUUCAGUGCCUCAAUUACAUCCAGCCAAACUUUUACACAUAAAAUGCUAUUAUUUUUCUACAGAGCUGCAUACUACACACUUCUUAAAAUGUCGAAGUUGUUGCUGACCGUGGUCGGCUAUGCACAGGUGACCGUUGUUGCAGAAGCUAUUCAGCCAUCGGACCCCACGUGCACCCCACCUCCCGUUUCUGCUAGUGCCCAUAAUGCCGCCGUGAUUUUACAGCAAGCUUUGCAGUACAUUCCAAACCCUGCUACUGAGUGUAUGUUAAGAAAUAUGGCUGUUAGACUUGCUGGACAUUUGAGUAACUUGGUAAGUUAGUAUACAUGUAAGAAGGGGCAUUUGAUUAGCUUGUGACUCUGGACGAAAUUCUGUAGUGUGACCAUUGAAAUAAAGCCUCUUCAGCAGCACUUUCACGUGAUGCUAUUUAUUUAUGACGAAGGUCUAACUUUUAAGUCAAUUGAUGAAAUCCUAUGGUGUUACCAUUCAGAUGAACCCUUUUCAGCAAUCCUUUCACAUGGUACUAUUUAUUUAGUAUGUAGUUCUAACUUGUGAGUCUGAGGAUGAAAUCCUAUGGUGUGACCAUUCAAAUAAAACCUCUUCAGCAAUCCUUUCACGUGGUACUAUUUAUUUAGUAUGUAGUUCUAACUUGUGAGUCUGAGGAUGAAAUCCUAUGGUUUUACCAUUCAAAAGAAACCUCUUCAGUAGUACUUUCUCGUGAUACCAUUUAUUUAUUAUGUCUAUUGAGUCUAAGGACGAUAUCCUGUGGUGGUACAUGUGCAUGUUUAGCACGUUAAAUAGUGUAAUUGUAUACCUGUUAUGGCUCAAGACCUGUUGGGGGGCACAUACCAGUUUGGGAAAAAUACGGGAAUGCCUCCCCCGCAAUCCUAUGGUGUGGCCAUUUAAAUGAAUUCUCGUCAGUGGUACGUUCAAAAGGUGCCAUUUGUUUCUAAGUAUUUCACAAUUGCAUUUGGUAGCUUUCGUCAAUUUUCCGGGGGGUACUCAACAAAGUUUUAUCGGGGGAGGCUCCGCCACGAGGUCCAACCCCUUACCCUUUUAUAAACCAUUUUGACAGAAAAGGCACCUCUUUUUUAUACCUUCUAUUAACAGUUAGACUACCUUUUACAUACCUAGUUACGAAAGCCCUAACCCUUUUAACUUAUGUGAACGCACAGCAAUGAAAAUAUGAAAAUAACGUAAAACCAGGAAAUUUUCUCGAUUUUUUCUCAGGCAUUUAUUCUUCUAUUGGCCCUAUAAGAUAUUUUCACAGACGGAAAUGAAAGAUUUCCGUACCCAUUUCUAUACCUUAAGUAUAGUGAAAUCCCUAACCCUUCAUAUACCUGAGGCCUGUAAAAGGCACCCUUAUCAAGCGGAGCCUCCCCCUAUAUUAUAGGGAGUACCACCUGGGGUUAUCCCGGGGAAUAAAAGGCCCCCUUCAUAGUAUGUCUUUUUAAACCCCGUUGUUAUGUUUGAAGUUAAAUGGCAAAGACUUUUUUUACCCGUCGAGUUUCUGCUCUACUUUGUUCAGGUUGUGAGGGUUUUAGUCAAAACCCCAAAACAUUGUUUUUGAGAAAUUCUGAAGGUGGCAAAUUUGUUGCGUUUUGUAAUUUGUAGGUCGCAGGUCCUCUACCUGAAUUAGCUGCCAUUAAGUCAAUACAGCGGUUAUCCUGGGCGGCUGGAGUUGGCAUGUUGGACUUAAUGCAGUCUUCAAACGAAGAGAUCCACAAAGCUUACGAAAAGGUAAAACAGAACUGUUCAUAUUGACUUACCGUGUGAUAGGCGCCCUCUCUAAAAUAAACGCCCCCUGUAUGAUGUUAAUACAAGGGAGCUUAAGCAACGACGGCGGCGGCGCCGGGCGGCGGCUACGAAAAUAAUCAUACUGCUUCAAACGUUGUCGCGUCUAUUCCAUCUUUUCAAUUCUCCAAAUAUUGGCAAUUUUUUCUGGAGUUGAAUUCUAAAAGAAAAGAAACGGAGAAAGAAAGUCGCGUCCUCCACAAAAUGUGAAAAUAAGCAUUUUCACGUCGUACUCGUGCGGUGACGGCAAAGGAAUUGUACAAAAACGCGUGAUGCAUGUGCAAAGUUGUUGUUUUUCCAAUCUAAACCAAUUCCUUUUUGGCCGUUCUCGUUAACGUCGCCGUCGUCGUUGCUUAAGCUCCAUAAUUUUGUCCUUAGACGCCCCUCUCAAAAAUGGCCCUUGUCUAAUAGACGCCCCCUAUCACACUUACACGAAAAUACUAAGAAUUAACAAAAAGGAGCAAAAUCAUUAGGGUUCGCACAUUUCGUUUUGUUCCUUCAAUGUCAAGAUCAAAUUAAGGAUAGCUUAAUGAUGACAACACAAUGACCCUGAGCAAGAAUUCUGACAUCGAAGUCUCUCCGUCUAAUAGGAUAUUACUCUCUUCAUAGAUUGUUACAAAUGAAAAUAAACACCUCUCUCUUUAAAUGUCUCCUAUCCAUUAAUCACCCCCUCUUGGACCCCUAAAAUUAAAUAAAAACCCUGGGCGUCUAUAAGAACCUAGAACGGUAUUUAUAUUUCAGGGUCCAAGAGGGGGCGUUUAGAAGAUUGGAGGCAUUUAAAAGAGAGGGGCGUUUAUUCUCAUAAUUAUAACAAGCUCAACAAAACUAACAUGCUUUCGGUGGAAUACUCAUUCAAUCAAUUGAUACGUUUAGGCAGUCUAAAGAUCCAUCUCUCUCUUUCAGCUCAACAUCGAUGUCAUAAUCCUCGCUCAGGGUCAUUUUGUGGUCAUCGUUAGUCUAUCCUUACUUUGCACUUACAUGGGAACAAGAUACAAUGCGCAAAACCUUGUUAAUAAAUCAGGAUACUGAAUAAAUUGAAUGAUUUUGCUUCGUUUUGCUAAUUCCGAGUGGUUUGGAGUAAUUGUCAUGGGGAGCAUUUAUAAGAAGGUUUACGGUCAUCUCGCCACCAAGAAGUCGACUCGCCGCCAACCAACUCGCCACCAAGUAAUGACUAUGCAUUAAUCGACGUGUUUACUCACCUGGGAUUACUUACCUAGAAUUUCUACUACUUCGCCAAGCUAAUUCGAAUUUGAUUACAGAGUUAUUACUUGGUGGCGAGUUGGUUGGCGGUGAGUUGACUUCUUGGUAGAAACUUCGUUGGUGGCGAGAUGACCGGUUAUCUAAUUACUUUUGAAUGAUAACCAGCUUUUUUCUUUUCAUUAAUAAAUAGCCUAAUCCGAAAGGACUCCAAAAUGAUGAUGUUCAAGUAGCAAGGGAAGCUCUGGAAGUAAGUUUGGCAAUGUCGGCCAUCACUUUGACUAUAUUUGUUAUACUUGUUUUUUUUCGUUUUAUCCCACCCUGCCUUACCUACUUUAAGACAUUUUUAACAAUUAUUUUACAGACUGUGUAGUCUUUAAUUCCUCUUUUAUCCGGUCGCUAAGUGUGUACGUUUACAAAGUUUAACGGGUUCGUGUGAACCUGGCAUUUUGCAAGGACUAUCACUGUUUCACUCAUUAAUGUUUUGUCACCUGUCAAUUCUGCCGUGUUUUAAUGGCUGAUAUUUCCUGAAAUGUAUCUUGCAAAGAACUUAAGUUUGCUUAGGUUACUCAGAUAUAUACCGCGACGCCUUCUCUGUAGAUUCUGUGCUUAAAUAGAGAGCUUAAGCAAAUGCGUUUUGGGCGACGUACGCCAACCGGAACGGAGUCCUUCUCCCCGGAAGUGAGUCCGGAAGUGAGUCCUUUUCUCCGGAAGUGAGUGCGGAAGUGAGUCUUUUUCCCCGGAAGUGAGUUCGGAGGUGAGUCCUUUUUCCCGGAAGCGAGUCCGGAAGUGAGUCCGGAAGUGAGUCCUUUUAAUAUGCCUUGACGCUACCAAAUUUGUAUUGCUAAGGUGAUGUUACACGAAACGACUCGCAACGACGAUUUUUAGCGCAACACAGCGUUGUGACAUUGUUUCGAAUGGUUGCAACAUUGUUCCAACAUUGCAGCGUUGCGUUGUGCUAAAAAUUGUUGUUGCGAAUCGUCCUGUGUAACAUCAUCUUUAGUGUCUUAACUCUUAUAGAGACGUUAUACCCAAACAUUUGGGCCAAACCACCGCCCAAGAAUACAAAAAACCCACUUACUUGCGUCGCUCAAAAACAGCGUUGCGUAGGUUCUCUUUUGAGUUAAAUGACGGGUGGCGUUUAAUUUGAUUACUAACUAGGUUGACGGUUGUCAUAUUUUAGGUGCUGAGUGUGUGCCUAGCCCUUUGUCCCAAUGCUUUGGAUGCUCUUACCAAAGACAAGUCAUGGCAGUGUUUUAUCAUUGAUCUUCUUAUCUUGUGUCAGAGCAGGUACUAUGAUCAGGGUCGACUCAACCCCUCAAUGUCUGCCCUCAAUGCUAGACUUCGGGCCUGUUUACAUGGAGGUGGGGGACCUCAGGUAUGUGAGCUUACCCGCGUAACCCGCCUGUUCAUAUAAUCUCUCAUUUUAAUGUGAUCGCGUUUACAUGAUAGGAGGGGUGACCAUAUGAGAGAUUACGUAUAUGGAAAGGCUGGUUACACCAACUUAGCGGGUCACCUCACCUACCUGGGGUCCUCCACCUCCUUGUAAACAGUCCCUAUGUUAUUGAGACACCACACGUAGUUGUAUCUUUUUAGCCUGCGAGCAAGCAAUCCAUUUGGGGAACAUUGUGAGAAGUAAGCCAGUGACACGCAAGAGGAGACGUGAGAGAACGGCCUCUCUCGCUCGUUCUCGCGCGGCUCGCCGAAAUGGAGAGCCUACUUGCUGAUAAGCAGGCCAGUAUCCUUGAAGGUCCAUUCACAGCAGUAAACUUAAUGUAUUGACAAUUCAUAGGGGGCAAACGUCCUCAUGCCUGCUGUUGUUGCAGCGACAGGUUGCAUGGAUCAUGAAAAGAAAUAUCAAUCCGUUCGGUUUGUUUUGAUGUUGUAGUGAAGAUAAAUCACACUAAACAAUACAUACGUUGCGCAGCUAAGAUGUGGGUGUGAUCGGACAAAAUCACACCAGAUUGAAUGCAGGAGUACCGCGAUUCGUUUGCUCAGCCAAAUUUUGUACCCACGACAGCUGUUUCGGAUGUACAGCUGAAUACGCCACUGUAGGUGAUCUGUGUCUUUGACCGAUCCCCACAACAGAUUGCUUGUAACACGUUGCCUACAGUGGAGUUCAAAAGUGUUGGGACCUCUUUGUGAAUAAUAAACUCAGGGCUUCAUUUCAAACAAAUGUCUCCCAUGCAUUUUACCAAACAUUACAGACAUCAAAAAUGAAUGUGAAAACGAAAUAAUCAUCUUGUCACGAGCGUGGGACGAAGAAAAAAUCUGAGUUCCCGACAAGAUUCGAACCUACGACCUCCCAAACCCCGGGCGGGCGCUCUAUCCACUUGAGCUACGCAACCCUCCAAGUUAAAGUUUUUUCUCGGUCACCAUUUGGCAACCAACUCUUUUGGUUUAGGCAGACUUUUUUUACAAAUCAAGUCGCCAGCUGCAAAAUUUUAGGCGCCAUGGCGACUAAAAUGGUCGCAACUUGGAGGGUUGCUACAGAGAAUUCAUGGAGAGCGAGGCCAUAUACUAGGUUCAUAUUUGACACGCGUCCUGCAUACUGCUAGGAUCAGCAAUGUCGAUGUCGCUCUGCGUGGUGAAAGAAAUGAAAGAUGGUAAAUUUUAAGCUCGGUGAAACAAAAUGAACCUUUGAAAAACUGUUUGUGAGGCUAACAAGUUUUCAAAAAGUGACAUUUCAAUCCGUUUCAAUCUUCUUUAAGUUUGUCCAUCCGUGUUUCUUUUUAUAUUUGCUGUGUUUCGUGAUACAGCUCAUUUAAGUUCUAAACUGAUAGUACCAGAACGGGAUGUUAUAUUGAAAAAGUUUGAGUCGUCUUUACUUUUCUUUUCUUCUUUUCAGAGCAAUUCGAUUCAGCACAGCAGAACAGUUCUUCCUUGUGGCUACAAGAUGUUCCCAAGGGCAUAGACCUCUUGUCUUUUUUAUUACACUUCUUUUCACUGUGCUUCUGGUAAGUCUCUGGAAUAUGCAGUUGGGGCUUGUUUCAGUUCGACAACAAUUUAACAAAAUAUUACAGAUACUGAUUUAAAAUAGAAUCACGUUUUUGGUCAGUAACUAGAGAGGUUAACGUCAAACGCGAAUUUUUACCACGCGGCCCUCCUUACUUGUCGUUUACUGUUCAUUAUAUCUACACCUAAAUACGUAGUUUCACGCAAUGUUUUAUCCAGAAGAAUUGUUUUGAGCUGUUUUUAUGUGCUCAUUUUCUAUUCUGAGAAAUUCUCAACUUGAAUCUAACGAUUGCCGUAUACGCGAAGCUUAAACCCUCUACUGACUUUAAAAAUCAAUUUGUACCACGUGACCGAGUUUUCCCUUCAACUUCAUCACAUCUAUCCAUUAGAGUUAAAUGGUGUUUGAAGCCUCGUCAACAGUACUUUUGCAUGGCACUACUCGUUUUUCUGUAUUUCACAAAAUGAAAUUCAAAAUUUUUUCCUCCAAUUUUCAUAUACGCCACUUCCACAUUUCCCAUAAUGCACCUUAUUUGCCCCCCCCCCCCCCCCAAAUUUUGCAUAACCUUUGCUUUUCAUUUCUCCUGGGUAUUACAGCCGUCCUAAGAGAGACUGAAAUCAAUGCUUAUGCCAAAUUUUGAGGGGCAAAUGGAAAGGUGGAAGUGGCGUAUUAGCCACUGGCAGCUUUAGUAGAAGCCCAAGGCCUUGUGGUUGAUGUUCAUUCAUUCAUUCAUUCAUUCAUUCAUUCAUUCAUUCAUUCAUUCAUUCAUUCAUUCAUUCAUUCAUUCAUUCAUUCAUUCAUUCAUUCAUUCAUUCAAGCAAGCAAGCAAGCAAGCAAGCAAUCAUUCAUUCACCACAUAAAAAUACAUAUACAAUACACAAGAAAUUUUUAAUAUGUUAAAGCUGAUAGGCUAUUCUGAACAAAUUAUUUUACAAAUGAUCAAAGUGGUAAUAACAAGGAAGCCAAGAAAAAAAACAACGCCAGGGGCUUAUGAACUAUAGUCUUCCUGACUUGUUUUCCAGUACACACACGGUGUACAAACUUAAAGCAGGUCUAAAGGUGGUUGUGGCGUGUUGUUGUAUUAAUUACUCAUACUUUUUUUUUUUUGGCAGAACUCCAUAAAGGAUCACGCUGGUUCCUCCUACGAGUACUUCAGCUUAUUUUGCAAGUGAGUUACAUGCAGUGUUUCUGGUUUGCACGUGACGUCACGGCGGCCAUAUUGGUGGUGAAGAACAAAAGCAUUUCACUUCGCUGGGAACUAUACUCUAUUUUCAUGUACAUGCUUCGAGAAAAAUAAAUUCUGUUUUAUUGACCGCCAACAUGGCCGCCUUGUCAACCAAGAAUUACAAUUAUCACAUUCAUCUUCGGUGAUUCGGGAAGUGCAUUUUCAGUAAAUCCCCCUCAUGAGUGAUCAUAUUACGGUGUUAAAAAAGUUGAAUAUGGAGUCCCAGUUUCCUCUCUUCGAGUAGGUCCGAAAAGGAAUGGUGUUGAUGACACUGAGGGACACUACUAACCCCACCAACCGUGCGCUCAGUUCUCAUUUCUGCCGCAUUAACAAGCUUUACUUCAAAAAUCAAUCUUUGCUGUUUGUUGCAUGUAUUACUCUUGUUGUAACGAGGCUAUUCAAAUGGAAUCUCUUCAGCGAUAAUUUUACAUGGUCAUAUUUAUUUAGUACCUGUAGUUUCUACUUUUGAUUCUGUAGUGUAAGUAUUCAAACUAAACCUUUUUAGCAGUACGUUCACGUUACUAUUUAUUUAAUUUGAAGUGAUCAGUUUAAACUUUUGAUUCUGUAGAUGAACUCCUGUGGUGUUACCGUUGAAAGCUCUCCUCUCGAAUGAUACUAUUAGCUUGUAAAAGUACUUUGUAAAAAUUAAGUAUGUGACUGUUUUUUUUUUUUUCUUUCAUCUUUGGCACUUUGAGAGUUUCAGGCUCACCGUAUGGGCUUCUUUUUAUACAGGUUAUUAGCUCACGCUUACAUGACGCAUUGUCCGUUACCCACGGCAGAAAAAAUGCUUAAUACUGAAAUUGGAUGGCUGAAAAAGACAAAGGUGGGUCGCACUUAAGGCAGCCUCCCGUGCAGGCGUUCUGAGGGCUUCGUCACAUGUUCUUCCCCCAAGCUGUAUUUAGGGGCCCAUUGGCGGAUCAGCAACGAUCCCCUCGGGGGGGGGGGGGGGGGGGGGGGGGGGGGGUCUCUCCCACAUUUUUGGUGUUUGUGUGUGACUUUGGGGUGGAAAAAACUCACCGUUUUUAGAAAAAAAAAAACCAAAAAUCAAACACCAGGGGGGGGGGGGGGGGAAGGGUAGGGUUGGUACUCGUCCAAUAUUUGGGUAUUGAUGAGUCACUUAGGGUUUGAAAAACUGACCCUGUUUAGGACAAAAAAAAUCCUAAACUACAUACCCUGUUUAGGAUCAUACCCUCAAUUUUGUUACCCUGUUACAGCAGGGUUCUCAUUAAGUGCCGUCAACCGGCUAAAAAACCGGCUACUUUGAGGUUUGAGCCCUGUACGUUUUGGGGAAAAGGGGUAAAAUAGGGAAUGAAAGCCUGAAAUUGCCUACAAUACUCGAUUGCUAAGCUUCCUAAUUUUACACUCUAGCUGCCUACUUUAAAACUUAAUGAGAACCCUGGGCUGUUUAUGACAAAGGCCAAAUUGUACGCCGUCCUGUUUUGAAGCCUUGUAUAACAUUUAUUUAUUUAUUUAUAGUUAUUGCCUUUGUAUACUUGGAGUACAGUCAGAUUUCAUCAAGAAAAUCAAAUCAAUCGAGCAGGCAAUACCUUGUUUAUAAUUAGGACAGACUCUCACAAAAUUAUAUACCCUGUUCAGGACAGACUCGCGCGAAAUUAUUUGCCCUGGUAAGGAUAGAGAGGUCAAAAACCAUACCAUGUCCAGCGGCACCUCACCGUGUAGGCCAUAUAUAACGAAGUACAUCCCCGGGCACCCCAUCACAGUUUAGACAGUGGAUUUUGGAAACGUUUUCUGAAAGACAUUGCCGUUGUAAUGGAUAAUAUGGCAGCGCGAACACGCGUUUUAACUGACGUUUUCGUAGUCGUCGCAGUCGUUUUUCUUAAGCUUCUUAUUUUUUGGCUCGUCACGCAGUCCUCGUCUCCGGGACAAUCCAAUAGUUGAUUUUACGGAGGAAGCUAUUGAUAUCGGAUGUUUUUGUCUGUACUAAUGCAAUGAUAUUGGUUUCAGGAACUUGUUUUGUCCCACGAGGAAGGACGUUCUCCUGUUGAUGACGCUCUUUUGGAGGGUCAUUUAGGAGUCACUAGAGAACUUCUUCUCUUCCAGCCUGCUCCGAAGAAGUACGCUAUUGGCUCACAAAAGGAUGGUUAUAAUCUCAUUAAGGUAAAUAUUACUUGCAUUUGCUUACACUGAGAGGUGAUUAGUUUAUUUCAGUGUCAUCUCAUGUUGUGAUUCGCAAUAUUUAUAGAAACCUAUUGAUUCUAAGACGAGGACGAGAUUUUCUUAAUACUAAAUAAGGCGCGUGGGUGAACCAGCGUCAUUAGGGAACUUAAGCACCAGACAUGCUUGUCACGCAAGGUUUUGGUGUCGUCUUUCCGCUCCUGUCCUGUUGCGUAAGCUCAUUUUGACAGGAAAACGCAGUAGCCGUGGUCAUUCUACCCCGGGUUUAGCUAAAACGUCGUAGUGGCGGAAACAAGUUUUUUUUUAAAUUUAUUUUUUUAACCUCCUUCAACAAAAAUAGCAAUGCAAAAAGUACAAUGAAGCUUUCUAUGGUAUAUAUUUAUAGAGAAUAGGCGAAAAAACGUCAAGUUUUAUAAAUCUGGUCCUCUUCCUCGAAUCUAACGGUCUCUAACUAGUUUAGAGACUGCUUUAUGAAUCAUAAACAAAACAACGUUAUCUUCUGCACCGAUUAAACAGUGUGGAAAAACAAAUGGCAUCAUGCAGGAAUAAUGCCCAAUUUAAAAAGGUUUCUUUUAAAUGAGCAACCAUGGACGUGAAAAGUUAAAACUGUGAUUUGGACAUGUAAAAAAUUGUCGUAGGGAGAAGUAAAAAAAUAUUAUCUUGUUUACUUGGCGCUGAUGUUGAGCUUAAAGUAAAACCAGUGUUUUGUAAUUUUUUUUUUCAGGAUCUUGUGGAGGAUUUUGUUUUUCCUGCUUCCAAACUUAUUGUUGAAGCCAGGAACGGCAGUGGUACGUGUGGCCCGUUAAAAACUUUUUAUGUAUAGUUCAAAUUAUUAUUAUUAUUUUUUUACUUUUGAAUGUAAUUUGGAAAGCGAGGAAAACGUGAAUAUAGUAGUGAUAAAGUAACAGUUCAAAGACCACAAAUGGGUUCAAUAAUUCCAACCUACUGGUGUUAGUGUUGUUUUUGUCUAUUCGUUCAAGUAUUAUUGGGGGAGGCAAAUCACAGCAAUAGUUCAAAAGAGCACCACAGUUGCUUAAAGUUGUAGGUGAUUAUUUCGAUCAUACAUCUGGGGCUUUCAGGGCUCGGAGAGGUCAUGGAAAACCUGGAAAGUCGAGAAAGUUUAAGAAUUUCAUUUUCCAGGCGUGGAAAGUCAUGGAAUUUAAUUGUCGGUCAUGGAAAGUCAUUAAAAAUUAAUUGAAUUUAAGUUUAAUAGAUCAGUUACUGCAAAUGUCAAAGCAAGGACGUGUAAUUUUAAAGAAAUGCAAUUUAUAGUGGUACGAACGGCGCACGUUAUGGUGGACACCAGAGUUUGUCUGUCGAACUGAUUUCGGUGUUAAAAAAAAAAAAAAAACGAAAAAAAAAAAAAACAAGAAUAGUUUUGCAGAGUUUCGAAAAUUAUCGAAAGUGACAGCUAUAUCUUAAUUCAUAGAAAAGUGGAAAAGGUCAUGGAAAAGUCAUGGAAAGUCACGAAAUUUGAAGAGCACAAAAGAGCGCGUAACCUGUUCAUUCACUGCCUCAAGGCAAUUAAAUCAUUUCAGACACCAUUGGUCUAAAGCAUGUAUAUUGUAUGUAUUUUUGUAUUUUGCCAGAUGAAGUGUGGAGUAAGCGAGUCACACCAAUCUGUUCCACCCCACAAACACUUGUGGCUGCGUUUGAUCUCUUGGUUGCCCUGUGUCGAGGAUGUGUUCAAAACCUUAAAGUCUUGUCCGACAUUCUCUGUGAUUUCUACUACUCUGGUAAAUAAUCACUGCAGUUAGAGAGUAUCUUACAGUGUUUUUCAGCGUUGAAUUAAUAAACAAACUAAACGUUGAUGUUAAACAAGUUAAAAUGGUAAAAUUUUUACUAUCUGAGAGUUUUUAGCAUUUUUGAAAAUUGUUUUUCUUUGGCAGUCGUUUACUUUUUUUUUCAGUCUUAGAUUUAUUGCUGCACCUUUUUUGUGACAGUUUAUUUGCGGGCGACAAGAGCAGCCCGCAAUAUUAAUCUUAAGGUGAUGUUACAUUUGCAACGACUAUUAUUAGUGCAACACAGCGCUCCAACAUUGUUGCGACAUUGUUUCAAAUGGUUGCAACACUUUUCCAACAUUGCAACGUUGUGUUCCGUGUAACAUCACCUUUUGAAUGGAAUGCAUAGAACACAGUCUGUAUUCUGUAACUCGUGAUCCGAUCACGCGCGUUUUGACAUCGGCUAUCUUAUGCAAAACGUCAGCACUGGAGCAAGAGCGUUUUGACUUUCGAUUAGAGGCCUGAAACUCGCCCGUACCCCCUAACCUUUUGUUAUUACCAGUUCACUAAGAUCAAUAUCUAUUCUCUAUUCUGGCUUUAAUGGUUCAUCUUUUUUGCCUUUCACGUCAGGUGAGGAUGCCGUCUUGAACGAGUGGGAACAUCUUCCCCCUAUCGGACCACGCCCAUAUAAAGGAUAUGUGGGACUCAAGAAUGCCGGGGCUACGUGUUACAUGAACUCAGUUAUUCAGCAGGUAGGUAUAUUAAGACUCUCUAAGUCAAGUGCAAACACGUUUUGUUAUCAGGGGAGCAUCAUGAGAAUCUUCCCAAUAACGUGUAAACUACGUUUGAAUUUAUGCUCGGUGAGGCAGAAGAUGGCCUUAAACAACAAAAGAACUUAAAGGCAUUGCUUCAUUCUUCAAGGUGUAAUCAAACCAUGUUCAAUAAUUUUCAUGUAAUUGUGUCCAAUAAAUUGGUGAUAGAACAUAGGUGGAGAGAGGGCGAUGCAAGAAGCCCACAAAAUUGGUUAUACGAUUGUGAGCGAGGGUGAUGUUUCUUCAGUUAGUGACACAAGUGACUCGGAAAAAAUCCCACGUCUCCUAACAGGAGUGGAGCUAGGACCUGUACCACUUCUACUUAAAUACUCUUUAACGUUUUCGUAUCCAAAAGAGAUAAAUAGUGCAAUGAGAAGAAAACGUUUUGGGCCAAAGUAAACUACUAGGUAGCUCGAAUAAUUGUGCUUACCCCAUAUAGCCCUUUUUAUACUUGGGCUCACAGCCAUCUUGGCUCUCUCCUUGUUAACCCUUUGAACCCUGAUAUCCACAUACAAAUUCUCCAAACUGAUCUCCAUAGAUUUCCUUAAAGAAAUAGUUGAGAGAAUUUGAUAAAAGAUCAAAGCAUUUUCCCUGAGGUGAUCAUUUUUUAAAAUCUCAUAACUUUUUCUUUUGAUAAUGUAUUGAUGUUGUGAGGAGAAAGUUGAUGUUGGUCAAUCUUGGGACUUAAAGGGUUAAGUGUUCUACUCCCCGUUCCAGUUGUUUAUGAUACCUGAACUGCGCGAGGGCGUGCUGGAGGUGGACGGAGCUGCAACAAAAGAAGACGAAGAUGGAGUCGAUGUGGAAGAGAAAUCGGAGAGCGAGAACACUAUCGACACUGGGUAUCAGUCGGAGGACAGUCGGGAGAAUGACAAAGAAAUCGAGGUAAAAGACCAAGAGGAGAAGUUAAAGAGAUAUCAAGUCAGCGUGCUAAAUCAGAUUCAGUUUAUCUUUGGACACCUUGCCCAGAGCCAGUUACAGUUCCACGUUCCCCAAGGAUUUUGGAAAACUUUCAAGUGAGUUUUAUGCGUAAUUUGAUUUUGUAAAAUGGUGGAAGGCAAACCGUCUCACAAUGCUUUAAUUAUAAAAAAAAUCUCUUAAUCGGGGUUAGGAAUGCUAUCCACAUACACAACGUCAGUACUGCUCAGUAGUUCUUGGUCGGUACGAUUUUAAAAUGACUAGAAGAGAUUCUUUACGAUCUCGUCGGGUUUUUGACGAUGAAGCGUUAAGAACUUAAGGAGUUGCUAACCAAGUUGUGCUCUUGCCUUUGGACAGACUCUGGGGUGAGCCUGUAAAUUUACGCGAACAACACGAUGCCUUGGAGUUUUUCAACAACUUGCUUGACAACUUAGACGAAGGCCUAAAGGCGUUAAGCAGCAAACCACUGUUCUCUGACAUACUGGGUGGAAGCUUUGCUGAUCAGAAGAUCUGUAAAGGAUGUCCGCAUAGGUAUGAAUACCCUUUCUAUUGCUAUGUUACUGGUGAGGACAGUAAUGCCGUAUUCAGUCCUCUCAUCCCAUUCGCAACUACGGAAACGAGGAGGGAACUGGAGCCGAAAUACGUCCCGCAAUUGUUUCUGGGAUCGUUACUAGGAACGCGUUGUCCCUAGUAACAGUCCCAGAAGUCUUUGCGAACGUUAGCUCGAUCCAGUUCUCUUCUCGUUCUUGAGUGGCGAAUUGAGACUUAGUCUUCCAUUACUUCUGGGAACUCACUGAAUUCAAGAAAGCAAGGAUCCAACACCUCUGCUGCCUGGUCAUCAAAAUUAGCUUGCGAUCAGUUGUGAAGUCCAAACUCGAAUUGCCUGUGAAGUGACGUCAUCUUUUUCAUUGUACUCAGUCCACUCUCUCUUAACGUGCGCCCAGUGUUGGUCCUUGUUGUUCUUCAGUAGUCUUUUGUUGCUAGUGAACUUACGCAACUGGACGGAAGAGGAAAGAAGACGGCAAACCUUGUGUGACAAGCGUGACAAUAAUUUUGUUUGGAAUAAAUUUUCACCAAACUUUACUUUCCUUUAGACAGAUCUUUUUGUGAAAGACCAGAAAACAGUAAUGUUAAGUGAAGGUCACGGGAUUUAGCAACAGAACGGGAACGUCAUUUGACGGUGGGAAAGCGCGAGGAAAGGACUAAACUCGACUUCCAGUGCCCAGUUUGUCGCUCUGCCAUCGGUCAAGCCAGUUGUUUGAUUUGUGGACGCCGUCGUCAACUGACGUUCCCGUUCUGUUGCUAAAUCAGCCUGUGUCUGUAAGGUGGAUACCUUUUGUACACGGAUAUUUGGUGCUGGCCCCAAAGGCGUCCGUCUCAGAGAGAGCUUUUUGUGUCGUUCUUCAGUGAAAACUGGGUUAAUCUAAAUUAUAUUAUUUGUGUUGUUUGCCGAUGCAGGUAUUCUCGCGAGGCUCCAUUCAUUGCACUGAACGUGGACAUACGCAAUCAUCACAGCUUAGUGGACUCGUUGGAGCAGUUUGUCAAGGGUGACUUACUUGAAGGCGCCAACGCAUAUCAUUGUGAAAAGUGUGACAAGAAGGUACCUUAAUGUUGUAUUCCAGCAAAUUCCUUGUUUUAAAGUUAGAAUUCAGUCGCAUGCUCGCAUAAUGUACACUGUUAUUAUUGUUAACCCUAACGGAAGUAACCUAGCUGAUUCUUAUUUAUUUCUAUAUUUGGAUAUUAUUUUUAUUGCUUUUUCAGGUUGAUACAGUGAAGAGAAUGUGCAUAAAGAAGCUUCCUAGAGUGUUGGCUAUUCAGCUCAAGCGCUUUGACUACGACUGGGAAAGGUAACCCUUUAUUUUUUAAUUUAAUUUAAUUUUUUUUAUUUUCUUCGCCAAAAAAACAAACAAACAAACAAACAGAAAGAACGUUGGCAGGGACACCGCAACAGCUGUGGCAAAUUAUAGCGGGCCCGGAAUUCCUUUAGUUUCUUUCUGGAGACAAAUUUUGAGAGUCCUGUGCUCGCAAGCUCUUAAUUUACCCCCCAAACUGCAUCAAAAGUACUUCAAAGUAUGCGGAACGUAUCCGCACCACGUUUGAUUCAUUCUCUCAAGGUGGUGUUUUACGGGACGAUUCGCAACGACGAUUUUUAGCGCAACACAGCGUUGCUAUGUUCGAACAAUGCUGUAACUUUUCAAAACAAUGUCGCAACAAUGUUACAAUGCCGUGUCGCGGCUAAAAUCGUCGCGGCGAUUCCUCUGUUAAAGUAUGCGGUUGAGUUGGUAUUGAAACCUUUUGAAAUUAGCAACACUGGACAAAAACUGCAUUAACAAAACUGAGGUUUUUUCAAGAAAUUACGCUUUAUGGUGCAAGAGGCUUGUACGGUUGUUUCUGUCUGGCGUUGCAUGACAAAGUAUUUAUUCAGCGGUAUACAUGCACAGCUCAGGUAAGCACUGAAUGAAGGAAUACCAUCCUCAUUCUUUUGUCUUUCAGGGAGUGUGCGGUUAAAUUCAAUGACUACUUUGAGUUUCCCCGUGACAUUGACAUGGAACCGUUUACAGAACUUGGAUUAGCCAAGCUUCAAGGUAAGUCAUUAGUCUGAAAUGUCAGUUGUCCCUUCGGAAGGCUAAUACAGAAUAUCAAAAUCUCUGUUUUCAAAAAUAUACAGAUACUUGUGGACGGGGUCUUAUUCUUACAAGUUGCUGUCUUAAAAUAUAACUUUUGUUCAAGGUGAAAUGACAGAGGACACCAUUGAAUAUGUAUCUGAGGAAGACAAGAAGAUUAAAGAAGUGAAAAGCACAAAGUUCCGCUUGGUGGGCAUCUUAGUUCACAGUGGACAAGCGAGUGGGGGACACUAUUAUUCUUACGUUCUUCAGAGGUACUAGUCAUCAGAGAGCUUUAGAUUCUAAGACAAGUACGACUACAAGAACGAGAUUUUUUCAAUAGACUACUAGGUAGUGCACGCGCGCGAACCAACGUAAUUUUGGCAGGAAAAUGUGGUAGCCGUUGUCUGUCUACUACGAGUUUUAGCGAGAAUAGAGACUUUCAGAUUCUAAGACGAGUACGACAACGAGUGUCAGAUCUGACGUAAAGCUUUUUCGCGUAUUCUCAAAAUAUAGACUCCCUGGAAAGCUUCAUUUUACCAUUUUUCACCAGAAACGUUAGCACUGUUACCUUUAGUGAAGGAGGUUACACCCUCUCCCGAUCGCAAAAUGAUAGAACUUGCAACAUUUGAUGACUUGUUUCCGCCACUUCGAUAUUCUCGCUUAAACUCUUAGAAGAAUGACGACGGCUAUGACGUUCCCCUUCCCCCCCAAAAAUGACGCUAGUUCACGCGUGAGCAAUACUCAGUAUUGAGAAAAUCGCGUACCCGUAGUCGAGUGACAUUCGUCAACUUGCGUGACAUCGACUUCCGUGACAAGAGGCAGGGAAUAGAGAUAGGCAAUCCCUUGUCACUUUAUACCAGAAACACAUAGCCUGCCUUACACUCGUUAUUAUAUUUUGAUAGUCAAUUUUUUGUUCUUUUUGUUGUUGUUGUUUAGAGUGUGUCCCGACUUGGCCCCUAAAUGGUUCAAGUUUGAUGACGGCGAGGUCUCAGAAUGCAAAAUGGAUGACGAUGAGGUACUUGUGACUUGCUGAUGUAGUUAUUCAUUUAGUUAUUCAUUCAUUUGUGAUUUCCUCUCUUUCUUUUCUGUUCGUGAGUUAUUCUUUUGCGUCGCAGUGUUUCUUUUGGUAGCUGAUGGUGUUUUUAAUUGAUUAACAGGAGUUGAAGACUCAGUGUUUUGGUGGGGAGUACAUGGGAGAAGUGUUUGACCACAUGCUAAAAAGGUGCGCCCAAUCCUCGAUGUGCUGCUGUGACCAUUCCAUAAUGUUAAAAUCGCUCUGAUCAGAUCAGUGAAUUAACUCUCCAUUCUAACUCAAGAAAACUAGAAAUUCAGGGCUCUCGGUGCAACAUUGCCUGCCUGCAAAUGCGAGCAUCUUUUUUUUUAAUCCGCGUGGCUGCACGCUGCUACAUUUAAUGCAGCAAAUCUUGUUGUAGAGAUGCGAUGCGAAAUGUCGCACGUGAAUGAAAGUUUUAGGCGCGACCUUUCAUUUAUCGUAUUUAAUUUGUUUACGCAGGUAAAAAUAACGCGACACUGGAAAACCACGUUAUUUCAUUUUCAAAAUGGCGGGUCCUAAGGAAACCGUGCUUACAGAUUAAGGUUUAACAAACUCAAACGGUUUGGGACGAAUGUUUUUUCAUCAGUGAGAAUACAAAAUUAGACAAAGGUUAUUUACCUGUGGGAUCAUUGUGAUUCUCCUAGUAUCAUUUGGUAGCACACAGGGAUUUAAAUAGCAUUUCUCCUCUCUUUGCUCCGGUCCGCCUUAUUUUAUCUUUUUGUUUCAUGCCAUAGCCAAUGUCACUUACUCAUUGUCUUUGUCAGGAUGUCCUAUAGAAGGCAGAAGAGAUGGUGGAACGCUUACAUGCUCUUUUACGAACGUCUUGAUGUCAUGGACACAAACAGAAGAGUUGAUGUGGACAGAAGUAAGUUGCUUGCCGUUUGUAAAACAGAAAGAGAUUUUGUAAGCGGCACAAAACAGCUCUACUUCUAAAACGCAUUAAAAAUUCAAAAGCCAGUGAAAGAGGAAAUCAUGGCGAAUUUUUAGGAAUUUUUGUUGUGUAACCACCGUGCUAUACUGUUUUUUAUCAAGGAAAUAACCAAAUGUUUAUUUUUUUUCUUGUUCAGACUGCAAAAUGCCUGCGGUGAUUGAGAGAGCAGUUCGUAAACAAAACGUUCACUUUCUCCACAAUCGAAUUCAGUACAGUGUGGAAUUCUUCCAGUUCAUGAGAAAGCUGGCUACUGCUAAUGCUGGAUUAGAAAAUUCGGUACGUGAAGACUUGUGUUGCUUUAGCUAUUGCUUCUUAGAAGGCGAAGCUAAUAGUUGACUUAUAGAACAAACGAAUUUGUGUUUUCUGCACCGGCUCAGUCCGAAUACAUGUACACCGCCGCGGUAGAAUCCCUCCUUUCCCCCUGUUUUCCUGCAAAUCCGGGUAUGUGUCAUCACUUAACUUAUAGAAUCUAGACGCUGAGCAAUGUGUUUCUUAUUCCUGCUUAACGGCAAUUCCAAACAUCCUUUUAACCGUUUAUAAGCCCAACCGGAUAUAAGCCCCUUCUUUUAUAAGCAAACCCAAGACCCCUUACGAAGUUGUAAAACCCUAGCGUUACGACGGAAAUUUCAUUAUAUUUAUUUGGUAGAUAAAAGUAAAAGUGUGGACGCAAUCCGAUUGAAGCUUAACUGUAAUGGAUUCGUUUACUUACAGGCUGAAAUAGAGCAGUUGUCUAUGAUCAGCAUUCAGCUAGUUUCCAAGUUUCUUUUCACGACUGGGUUCCGCACGAAGAAAACCGUCAGGUAAUGACUUAAUAGAGACCUUUAGAUUCGAGGGCGAGAGCGACCUGACUAGUACGAGAUUUGAUUUGAAGUUUUUUACGCGUAUUCUUCAAUAAAUAGACACGCCGGAACUGGCUUCAUUGUACUUUUUCACUAGAAAAGUUAGCGCUUUAUUGAAGGGGGUAAAGCCCUCUCUCGAUCUCAAAAUGAUAAAACUUCUAACAUUUGAUAACUCGCUUCCGCCACUACGACAUUCUAACUAAAACUCUCAAUAAAAUGAGGAAAACCAUCACAAUUUUCCGCCAAAAUGACGCUGGUUCACGCGCGUGCAAUACUCAGUAUUGAGAAAAUCUCGUACACGUAGUCGUCCUCGUCUUAGAAUCUAAAGGUCUAAUACAACUAUGCUUGUUUAAAGUGGCGUUCUGUGGUAUGGUGUAUGGCUGCACAUCCUUCGUACCACUGGCUCUGAAUUAGACGGACAAGUACUGAAAAUUGAAUUAUAUGCCUUUUGCUAUUAAGCAAUUCUUCGUGGAAAAACUAAGCUACGAGCUGAGCUUUUUCCUGUCGGAUUCCAAACCCGAUGUCAUAGCUGGGAAACAUUCCAGCAGCACUCCACUGAUGACACGCCCAAAACGUUUGGAAAUUCGCCGCAAAAUGGGCAGUUUUAUACAGACUGUAUCUUAUUUGCUAUAUUCAGUCUCUGGUGCGACGCAUACGUAACGGUCCAUAUUGAAAUGCUUGAAGAAGCCUAGCUAGUGUUAUUUCCACGGUCUAGUAGCUAAUCUCAGCGCGUAAACUACACAAUCGCUUGAUUUGAGGUUUCAACAGUAAAUUCAAACCUGUGUUAAAUAAGGCAAACUGUCUGAUGGAAAUAGAUUGACAAUUAAAUAUAGGUGAAUAAGCUCGGCAAGACUUGUUAAAAGGGAAACGCUACAAUUAAGUAGAGGUAUCCGCCUAAUUGAUUUCGAGACUUUAGGAAGUGACCACUCGAUGAAGGAUGACAGCUGCCUUAUUACAGAUUUGACUGUAUGUUGUACUCCUUACAGAGGUCCUGCUGGUGAGUGGCAUGAUGCCGUGUGUAUGUUACUCAGACAAGGCAAAGCAGUGAGGGAAUGGUUCGCUAAGUAUAUGCUGUUCUCCUAUCCUGACCGCUUCUCAGAGUAUUUGCUAGAGUGCCCCAGUGGAGAGGUGAGAUAACAUAUAACGUAACAGUGAACCCUACAUUACUCUCUUGACUGGACACCCUCAGGGAGAAAUUUAGGCUUAUGCCUUCUGUCAUGCUCGUAAACAUCAACCCUUUUAGCCCCAAUACCCACAUACAAAUUCUCCAAACAGAUCUCCAGACGUUUCCUUUAAGAAUUACUUGAGGGAAUUUAAUGAAAGAUCAAGGCAUUUUCUCUUUGGUGAUCAUUUUAUUAAUUCUCACAACCUCAUCUAUUGACAGUGUAUGGUCAUCGUUAGGAGAAAAUUGAUGUUGGUCACCAUUGGGACUUAAAGGGUUAAAAGUAGUACUUUAUUCUAAGAUAAGGACUUUUCACGUGGCAAAAACUAAAAUUCGAAAAAUAAGUUUUCUCUUUACCUACGUGACAAGUUUCCUCUUUUCUUGAUACGUACUUCAUACGAGAUAUCAUAUUUUCACCUAAAGAUAUAUUUAUUCAUAUUUUUUUUCUCUCCGGAUUGUUAAAUUUUAUUCUGGUGAUAUUCUCAUGUUGUAGGUACGAAGUGCUUUUGCCAAAACUCUGGUGUUCUUAGCGCACUUUUCCCGUCAAGAUGGACCGUGUUCUCCUUACCCAGAGAGUAUUAGACACGAGACUGGUACGUUCACUUGGUUUUUGAUCACAUUGUUGGUUAGGAUAGUAUAUGUGGCACGUUGUGCACUUGUGUGUUUGCGUAGCAGAUGACCCGUGAUGUCGAGUACGAGUGGGAAGGACUUCACUUCUCCGAUGCUCUUUGCCUUUUUUGUACUUUGCGGCGUAAUGCUUGUAAUUGGUGCGUUUUCAUUUCCAUAAUCAUCAUAAAGGAAAACUCUUUAGUCACACAGAGGCUAAAGCUCGGUCGUCAGUAGCCAGACAAUUUUAAGAUGGUAUCGAUGGUCCGCGUCGCGUUAGAGGCGUAUCUCGAUCGCCUGAACAUAUUUGGGGACGUCUUAGCGCAAUAUUUAUUUAAGGUCGCAACUUUGUUAUCAGAGUCUUUCGGACGAAAAAAAAGAGAGACCCCUGGUAACAAGGUUCAUGAGAUGCAGGUUGAUAAGCACAAUUGACAAAAAUUGGUCAUCAUCACGACAUCUCUUUUUCUUCUCUCUGCUGGGCUUACUCUUUGAAGCCACAAAUUAGCUGCGCCCAAAGUUUACACUUCGCUUUGCUUGCAAAUAUCAUCUUUUACUUAUGUCAAUGCAAAUGGCAACAGUUGAAAAGCUGCUUGAGAUUGCACGUUUGUCGCAAGUAAGACGCAGACGUGAGCGGUAGUUUGGGUUUCCCGAACAUGCUACGAACACUCUGAUGUGACAACGCGAAAUUUUGUUUCAACGGUUUUUUGUUUUUGUUCAAAAUUUCCCUACUGUCUGUAGUGAUGCUUUCUUUAUUUGUUUGUUUGGCAGAGCUGGACAACAAAGCAACACUAAGCGACCAUAUCUUAACAGCUGUACUGGGCCUGUUAAAGAAAGAAGUUCCCGAACAUGGCCGCCAUUUACAACAAUACUUUCACUUCUUUCUCAUGUACUCUAUGAUAGGACCUCCUGAGGUAUGUACAAUUCGUCUCAUUGCUCGAUCGUCCCAAUCGCUACUGAAUCGCUGUAGUGGUCUAAAAGGAAACUGGUCGUUUCUAUAUUUACUAAGUCGAUUCGAUACAAGUCGUUUCGAUACGAACUCGAGCAGUGAAACUGCACAAAAUUUUCGAUCACUUCAAGUUAAGUUUGCAGUUGAACCCCCAAAAAAAACAUUUUGGGUGAAUAUUCUUCGUUCUUUAAGCCAAGUUCGUGAAACUAUUUACACCUCGAAGGAAUUAGCCUCUAUCGAAACGGCCGGUAACCGUCUUAAAAAAUGUUUGAGGCGAUAUAGAUGUUCAGCAGGAAGCCACCUUUAGCAAAUACGUUUUUGAGUCACGCACGUGGACAAUGGUUUUGCCCAAAUUUUUGGGCAGAUCGUCUCCGUAAGAGAAAAGACACCUGCCAAUACCAACUCUUUUAGUCAAGGUUUUGUUGAAAAGGGAUCAGGCUUCACUUCCGGUUGACAUGCGUCGCACCAAACCGCCUUUACUUAUUAAAGCCCACUACUAGUUUCCUUUUUAUCCAGGCGAUUGCGAUCGUCCCGGUUUUUCCCCUUCGCAUCACUGCUUACUGUUUUUUAUACUCACGCAUUUUGGAAAGAAUUUUGCGCUUAGCGAUAAAUUUGUCACACGAAGACUGCUCAUGUACCCUGGGUACCAGAGAGCUUUUUUUUUCUCAAGUGCGGCCGGGUGUCUUGUUGUCGGCUGCAGGCCGACAAAUCUUCGGCCCAAGGUCGAAGUCACGAAGUAGUCCCAAGUUCAAAUCUUCGGGACCACGCUUGUAAAUAGCCAACUGGCUCACCUCCGGCCAGUUGGGAUUCUUAACCCGUUUCUGCCUGAUUUAAUUAAUUUGUUUCAGUCAUUUGCUUGGCCCCAUUAGCAUUAGUGCUAUAAAUACUGCCGAGGGUAAAUAACAGAAAUGCAUUUUAUUUUAUUGACUUGGCCGAAACCUGAAACCGCGCAUGAAAAGUUUCUGGGACCCUGAGUAUUGCUCAUGUGGAGCGGCCGUGCUUGAUGAUAAGUAGUACAUUAGUUUUGCUCGAUCAGCUUAUACCUCUUUGCUCGUAUAUUUUUCCCCUGGCAGCGGUUACAGCUUCUUCAGCUCGGUGUUCCCGCCACUUUCAUGCUGGUGGCGCUGGAUGAAGGCCCAGGCCCGCCAAUUCGGUACCAGUACGCUGAACUGGGCAAACUCUACUCGGUCGUGUCUCAGUUGGUCCGCUGCUGUGACGUCUCUUCGAGAAUGCGGUCUUCCUCUCAAGUAAGCUGGGCUUUAUAUAUGCGUUAUUGACUAAGCUUUUUCGUUUAAGAUGGCUGGUUAUUGACCAAGUUGUUUUAUUGCGUUUCCAUGGACCGCAAAAAAAAGCGCAAAAAAGAACGCUUCUUUCUGCAGUGCACUUGUGAAUUUUAAAAAUUCAAGUUAAACGGUGACCUUUACAUUAUUUCCGUUAUUAACAGGGAAGCAAACCAAAACCCAACCCAUUUGGCGAAGGACCUCCUCUCAUGGAGAUACAGCCCCUAGUCGCUGAUAUCUUGUUUAACAAAGCUACGUAAGUUGGCUCUCUUGUAUACUUCUUGGUGGUCCUGUGUCAUGUUAAUUUUGCCAGCGGAACUACGAAAGUUGGUUGUCCUGUAUCGUCACCAAAGCCACACUAAAAACUUGUUAUUCCUGACUUAUGAUGUUCUCUGGGUUGGUAUGCCUGUGACACGCCCGUGUUAUGAUAUUGGAAGCUGCGAAAGUUUGUUUUCCUGUGAUGUAGUUCAGUUUCAUCCUGGAAGUUCGAUUUUUUUCCCCCUUAAUUUUAAUUUUAUUGUCAUCAGUUAACUUAAGUAAAAACAAUACAAAAUAUAUUUAAGUUAAACUUGAAUGAGUGAAAUUUAAUAUUAAUUUUUAAGCGGAAUACGUUGUUUAUCUUUCAAAAUGUGUUACAAGUGCUCUUGACAUAUUACUACCUGUAAGUUGGCAUUGAUAAUGUUAAAUACUGAUGGUGAAAUGGUUACAUAGGUAUUUAAAGAAAGUCAUUGAUGACAGCACUACAUCAGAAGAUACAGUGAAGCUAUUAAGAGUAAGUGACAAAUCUUUUGUGGAGAAUGGUAAAAAUAAUCAGUUCAGUAUUCAGUACUGAAUUUCAGUUCAGUAAUUGCGUUCGACGCCAGGAGAACGCAACUCCUAAUCUUGGAUGGUUCAAGUUGCGGCUCUCGGUCCGACCACGGUCUCGUGCUUUGCAUUUCAUCCUCAAUAUCUCUUGAUAUCAGAACACUGAACCCGCUUUUUCCCAGCAAGUUCUUUUCCGUUCACUUAAAGUUUGAGAUAUCGUCGGGUAUAAAUUGUCCUUUUGGAGAUGUCUUUUAUGGUUAUGUAUGUAUGUCCGUUUAAGUUCCGAAAUGGGGAAUGCAUUCUUAAUUGUACUUGGAUUUAUGUGUUUUAGCUCUAAACAGAUCGUUUAUUUACUAUUUCUUUGCAGUUUUGCUGUUGGGAAAACCCGCACUUUUCCCGCGUGGUGUUGAGUGAGCUUCUGUGGCAGGUAACCUCUUAACUUCUAACUUCUUACACACCAAUGUUUAGUGUAGACGACUUGUUCAAAGUGGCUGCCCAGGCACGGAAAACCUUGAAUGGGAAUACUUUCUUAGGGUUCUUAAUACAGACGUGAGUAGUUUUUACAGACUGUGGAGAUUCUUUUGAGAUAAGUAGUUGUAUUUGUAAAAUACCCGUUGUAUUGCUGAAAAGCUGGUCAAAAAGUUCGGUAUUCGUCAUACCACGCUUUAAUAUUGUAACGUACGGAAAGCAUUCUAUUAACCGACACUAUGGCGCCGCCUACCUCGGGACACAAGAAAUGCAAGCACUUUGAGUUAUUUUAAGUAUUCAAUAAGGCAAAUGGAUCUCUCAAACGUAGUUAAUAAUGAAUGUGGACGUGACCAUUUUCUCUGCAGCUCGUAGACAUAAGUAGUAUUUUAAUAGAAUAAUAUUGGUAUUUUUGAUGUCUUAGAAUUUAUUUAAUAUUUACUGUUAUUAUUUUUGCUUUGUUACUUUGUCCCCAAUUAGUAGGUAUGCUAAAGAAGCUUGACACACAAAUAAAGUCAUUGUUAUUGUCACCAGUACACUCUUUCGAGUGCAAGCAAUGUUUUCUCUUUUUCCCUCUCCUGGUGUGAAAAUGAAGCAGAGGAAGAACUUGGACACAUGAUUAGCAUCUCGUGACUACAAACAGCAAUGUGCCUGGUCUUUAAGCCAUAGCGUUGCAGAAAAAUGUGUGAAAGAUAUCCCUGUUUUCUGUUAAACUCCCUCAUGAUAACGUUGAAUGCGUUGUUGUUAACAAUCUGCAUGACGUGCGUCACAUAUAUGAAUCAAGUGAAUGGCCUUACUUGAGAACGCAGACGUAUUUCCUGUUGUGCCUUCUCGCUACCGAAAAGUUACUUUUCGGUUCGAGAGAGAGAGAGAGAGAGUCAAGAGCAGCAACGACCGGAAAUAUGUCUGUUUUCGCAGGCUAUAAAUGAUCUAGCCUUCCAUAACAAAUGGAUAGAGCGCCCGUUCCGCGUCCUGUGGGGUCAUGGGUUUGGGACAAUUUUUGUCUCACGCUGGUGAAGUGACUAGUAAUGCAUCGGUUACUUUUUGGUACUGUUUUCAGGUGGCGUUUUCGUACACUUAUGAGCUACGGCCGUAUUUGGACUUGUUGCUGCAGAUGUUGCUCAUUACCGAUUCUUGGCAGAAUCACAGAAUUCACAACACACUUAAAGGUAAAAACGUGUUAGAGUUUUAGGUUUAGAAGCAAAUUUUAUCCAAAAACAGGUGUAGCGAGCGUUUACGUGAUGUUCCAAAUAUAAUCAGUUGUUCGCCAUACACUCAGCGAUCUCCUCUAAGCUAAGAAAAAAUUGCAAUGUGUUAUAACGUAGUUGAACUUUCCUAAAAUUUGCCUUUUUGUCGUUUAAUUUAUUAGGCAUACCUGAUGAUAAGGAGGGUUUAUUCGACACAAUUCAACGCUCGAAGAAUCAUUACCAGAAAAGAGCCUACCAGUGUAUCAAGUUCAUGGUGACUCUCUUCUGCAAGUAAGUGCUGCAAGAUUCCUUUCUGCCACCAUUUCGUUAGUCAAUUAGGUUUAGUUUUCCUCGGAAAUUCGAAAAUAUUUUGACGACUUCCGUACAUCCCCGAAGAUGUUCCGACAACUUAUGGACAUUACCGAUGGGGUAACAAGGUGCAUUAUGGUCUCGGUGAAAAUAGUGAAUGGUACCCUGGGAAGCUUGCCGUCUUUUUCUUUUAGUAACUCUUUUCUGUCUUCCCAGCUGCCCUUUGGCGCAUCACAUUUUGAUGUCGGCACAGGAUCUACGCCGCAAGUGGACAUGGGCAGUGGAAUGGCUUAAUGACGAGCUCGACAGGGUCAGUUGUCCAAGACAAGUGGUAUUUUAUUUAAUCUGUCUCUACCAAGUGGUCCCUAAACCAAAAUUCGAAUGAAUGUUGAACCCACACCUUGCGAACUUUGAUUUGAGUGGUUACGGGGGCAGUAUUUGUGCCCAUCUACCUCUCCCCUAAGCCAACAUUUUGCCCUAAGUGAGAAGUAAGUGUUAAUGUUGGCUUAGGGAAGGCGUAGGUGGGCAGUUUGCCAGAAACGUAUAAUGACUCCAGUAUUUGAUCCAUGGGCUUAAAGAAAAAACCACAAUACGCAGUUAAAGCUUAAGACCCCAAAGCUCUCAAAGGGUUUAACAUUGUUCCUACGUGAAGAGCUUGCUCACCGCGGCUUAAGAAAGUUAAAUGCCAAAAAGUACGUAGAUGUACAGUAUUAUCACUUUGAAGGCAAGAAAUUAUAAGGUUUAAUAUGUCUUUCACGUUUAAAGCUGAUGUUAUGAAAUGUUCCGUUGUUGUGUUUUAGAGACCUUACACUGGUGGUACAUCAUACACGUAUAACAAUUGGUCUCCUCCCGCACAGUCAAACGAGACUUCCAACGGGUUAGUGGUUCAAAUUACACAUAUUUACAGCUGUCAUGCCCAAAUCCAAAUUUGAGGGAAAAUCCCGAGUUCUCCUUUUCAAUAGUUGGAACUACAAACUAAGUAAAUAGUACCAUGUGAAAGUACUGCUGAAGAGGUUUUAUUUGAAUGCUAACACCAUAGAAAUUCAUCUACACAAUCACAAGUUAGAAAUUUAUUCUAAAUAUUACCAUGUGAAAGUAUUGCUGAAGAGGUUUCAUUUGAAUGGUGACACCAUAGGAUUUCAUCCACUGACUCAAAAGUUAGAACUACAUACUAAUUAAAUAGUACCAUGUGAAAGUACUGCUGAAGAGGUUUCAUUUGAAUGGUCACACCAUAGGAUUUCAUCCACAGAUUUAAAAGUUAGAAUAGAACUACAUACGAAAUAAUUAAUACCAUAUGAAAGUACCUUUGAAGAAGUUUCAUUUGAAUGGUAAAACCAUAGGAUAUCAUCCAGAAGAAAUCACUGAAAAUUUGUCAUCUGUUGUCUUACUCCAGGUAUUUCUUGGAGCGGUCUCAUAGUGCACGGCUUACACUUGCCAAGGCUUGUGAACUGUGUCCAGAAGAGGUAAUUCAUGUUGUUUCUUAGUUAAUAGGCCAUUUCCGAGUCGCCUUAAGCCUCUGUUUCAAAGUGAGGCAAAGUGCGAAGCUAUUGAUAUGAAAAUGAACUUUUAUUCUCAUGCAGGAAUAACGUGAAGAAAGGUUUUGCACUUAGCCUCGUUUUAAAAGUAAAAGUUUAACGAACUCGGAAAUUGCCGAUUCCUUUUUCCCUCUUCCCUAUGCUUCUUUGUAGGGGAAGACAUGGGGUUGUACUCCAGGAGAAUAGAGGACAGAAGGGGUAUGGAAGGUGGGAGAGGAAAGAGCGGUAGGUGGGAGCUCUAAAAGGGUGGGAAGCGGGAGGAAAAGGGGGAUAUUAAGCAACGAUGCGUAAUAUUUUGAAGCAGGAAAAGGGCUAAGGGAAGGAAGCCAAGAAAAAAGGCGCGGGAGCUGGAAAUGUAACAGUCGGGAGGUGGGAGGUUUGGACCCCCGGUCCGCCCUUCUUUGUUGACACGUUUUUAGCCCCAAAUUUGAUAAGCUUAUUUCUCUUCUUCAUAGAGACCGCGAGCCCCAAGAGAGCUUGCUCGCAGGCUCUUCUCAAUAUAAUAUAUUAAUAUAAUAUCAUCAAAACACAGAGGUUUACUGUUGUGAGGGUACAGGAAUUAAUUUUCAAAGAUAAAAGGUCUGGAUGUGUAUGUACAAAUGCAGAAAAACGUAAUGUGCGCACCAAGCCUUCUACCAAUUCUUCCAUUCUUUCAGGAUCCAGAAGAACCUGAGGGGGAUGUAGAGGGGGAGAAUGGAAACUCUGGAGAUGAGGAGGUUACCCCGGCUAAUGCACAGCAGUCAAGCCCUCGUCGGGAAUCACGUGAUCAGUCUCCGCCAGUCACUGGGCAGAUUCCGCCUCUGGAUAACAGUGAUACAACAGUCGAAAAUGACACGGAGCCCGGUGAAACAAGCAAGCUACUAAACGAAGAGUCCGACUGAGCACCAAGUGUAUUAGUCCCAAGCUAAUGAAAGUUCACCGCAGUAGCGACGGCCCCAGUUCCCUAUGGGAUUGCGUAAAACGAAAACGGCCUGGUCGCAGUGGCAUUUGUCCGGCUCUGACCCAAGAAUUUCAGGAUUAAAAAGCGUUAUCGAGUACGAGAACGCGACCGCUUGGAGUCGGAGUGAAAAAAUGCUAAUUUAUUUUUUUAUUUAACGUUAAAGGCCGUUUACCAGACCGAACGAAUAUGCGACUUGGCCUUCUCAACUGUGGAAUCUGUGGAGCCCUUGUUUUGUCCGAUAGAACAAGAACUUUACCACUUAACGGCGACAUUAAGGCGUCUAAAGAGCUCAUUCAGCAUUCAUUUGCCAAGAAUUCAGUGUUCUGUAAAAAUUUUAAAAGAAAAAAAUGGAAUAAUUCUAGAGCCUAUAAAAAGUACCACUUAGAGGAGAAUGGCUGCUCGUUUGUUUGAGGUACCGACGUUCAGUGUAACGGGUGCUUGUACUUAAUCACAUUUGUAAUAUGAAAAUCAGAUUUUAGAAAAGAAAUAACAACGUUUUAUGGAAGC